GCGGCGGCGGCCGGGCUCUGUCUCGGGGGUGGCGAGGCGCCGGGGCCCCCCAGGAAGAGGUGGGGGCGAAGGGGGAGGGGAGACCGGGAGCCCCGUUGCCAGAGAUGGCUGCGCGCUUUAAAAGGAGGAGGAAGAGGAGGAAGAGGAGCGCGAGGCAGAGACGGGCUCCGUGAGGAGAAGUGAGUCUUGGCGGGAGAGCGAGCGAGGAGGUGAAGCGGCGAAGGGAGGCGACGCCUUGGCGGGACGGAGAGAGAGGCGGGCGGGGGGCGCUGAGGGAGCCCGCCUGCCAUUGGCGCGGGGGCGAGGCGGGCACCCCCUGCCCAAGGAGGAGGAGGAGGAGGAGGAGGAGGAGGGCCGGCCUGCCUCUGCCUGCCUGCCUGCCGGGGAGGCGGUUCUCCCGCCCGCCCCGCCGAAGCCGCGAUGGGGGCCGCUUCCCUCGCGCGGGCGAGGCAGGCGAGAGAGGCAGCGAGCGAGAGCGCGGCGGCGGCGGCGGCUGCUGCUUGUGGGAAGCCCCUGGGCGCCUCUCCUUCCCCUUCCUCCCCGCCGCGGGCUUUGGCGGGCUUUGUUGUUUUUCCAGGUUCCUCCUCCGCCUCGUCUCGGAAGCAGGUAAGGGACCCGCCGCGCUCUGCCUGUCACGCGUCUCCCUCCCCGGCUCGUGUGUGUGCGCGCGUGUUCGCGUGUCUGCGGCUCCCGCCUUCCGCUUCUAGAUCCUUCUUCCCGGCUGCUUCGGGGCUCCGAACAAAGCGGAGCGGGAGGCGGCGGAGGAGGAGACGGGGCGGCGGGGGUCUCCCCCUCCGCGAAGUUAGUCCGGAGUUUGCCGAGUUCCCGCGGAGGCUCCUCCGGGCGAAGGAGGCAUUGCGGGGCUGGGCGGCUGCAGGACGCCGACCUCGGCCAGGCGGGCUCCCCCGUCCCUCCGCCGCGCUCCUGCCGCUCUUCCUCCGCCGCUCGGCUCUUUCCCGGAGCAUCUCCUCCUCCUCCUCCACCCCCCAAUUUCUUAAGAGCCUCUUGUCCGCGGGUGACUUUGCAAAGCGGUCCCUAAAUCCUCGGAAGCCCAUGCUCCUUCCAAACCCGGCACUUUUUCGUUCCUGCGCACAUGCUUGGCUUUUUCUUCCCCCUUUAAUAAUAGUAAUAAAAUAAAAUAAUUCCUUGGAAACCGGCUCCAACCCGGAUCAUCCUGCAGCCCCGGCAAGGCUUAUUAGGGAUGCUCACUGAAAUCAUCAAGUGUUUCUUCCGGGUAAAAUGUGCAUAAGGUUGGCCUCUAUCCUGCUGACACCAACGCGAGAAGUUAAAUGCCAUUCAAGGGGGUUCGCAGGUCAAGUCCUGUUUGCUCAGAAGUAAAUGCCAUUGAAUUGCGUGGCGCUCUCUGCCACAGGACUAACUUCAGCUGCGUUGGGGUCUUGGAGUUUGGGUUAGAGCACCGCUCAAUGGAUUUCUACUGGACAACUUGUGUCCUCUGCCCUACAUUUUACUUCGUCAGUGGUAGUAAUAAGACAAAAAAUGAAGUCAUGUCAGUGGCAUUGUUUUUCUGUUUGGGGUCAGUAAGUGAAUUCAUUGCCUUCACCCUGCAGAAGCACUGGUAUCUGCUUGAAGCAUAAUUGUUACGUCCCAGUAUGUUACUUAAUGUUGGAUGUAGCAAAAGUCACUAGCCUAUGGUGUAACAGACUAUUGUUCUCGCACAUCUGUCAAUGAAAUUGAGGAUAUUGAAUUUUGAAAGUUCCUUCUAGUAAAGCACAGUGAUAUGUAUGUAUGUUCAAGGUAGCAGGCCAUUGAUAAUUCCUUUGGGAAAAAUACUGGAGAAACUAUAUUGGAGUUUUAGAAUCUGAAAGAGAACAGUAGGAUGUAAUGGACCUGGAAAAACAAAAACAGUAACAACAAUAGUUUAAUGUUUUUGGACAUGUAAAAUUUGGACACUUAAAUUCAUACUGUGUUUAAAAUGCUUUCGCCUUAAUAAAUGUAUUUUCUUGAAAUCUUAUUAAGUGUGAUCCCAUAUGCCGUUAAGUAUGGCAAAAAGCUGGUAUAUUCUAGGCUGUAAUUUAGCCAUGGAGUCGUAAUGAUAUGUUUAAACUGUCAUCUCAAGGUUUAUUUCAUUAUCUCACAUGAUAGGCAAUUUUUAUUAAAUUGCAACCUUAAAAUUUCUACCUGCAGGGAGUGUAUAUUGUAUGCAUAUAUAAGUUAGUGCAGUGCAUAUUUAUGAACACUCUCUCUCUCCUUUUCUCCCUCUUAAGGUUUAGGAAGUGAUAUGACUGCUAGGAUUUCUGACAUCUUGUAAGCAAUGUUCUAUCUGGUGUGACUGAGGAAUCUAUCUCACAAUUGAUACCAAUACCUUUAGCUGCUUUUCUGAAUUAGGAAUUCAGUUUUACAAUAAUAAUGUGAUCCAAUCUUAAAGGUGAAAUCUGUAGCUUGUUCAUUUAUGGUAGUGUUAAUGUUUAUUUCUAUAGUUUACGUCUGUUUGUUAUAUUGGAGGUGUUAUUGGUCUCAGUGUAAAGAUGGCCAAUACUGUAGUUGUUACAGUCCUCCUAUCAUCUAUAGAUAUCGGGGUUGUAUAUCUUGGAAACUGGUUUACCCCUAGUUAAAAUUCCCAGGGCCCUUAAUAGUACAGUUCCCAUGAUAAUUGGGGGAGGGUGGGGCAUGCUUUAAAUGUAUUGUGUGUACACGGCUUAAGUUUCUGGGCCACUUAUGAGAAGCAGCAUAUUAUGGUUUGGUUGAACAACCUUUAUGUUGCAGUUUUUUUUAUAGGCAAGCUAUAACAAAUAAUACUCACAGAAGUUAUGGAAAUAAUUGUUCACUUCAGACAGUCCAGGAAGUUCACAGACCUCAUUUGCAUUGUUUUACCUAAACAAUUUCAGUCCGACCAUCUUUAGUAGAUGAGGCAAAAACUUCCAGGGGAUGUUGCUAUCCACAAGGGAGAGUUAAUUACUUUUUAUAAUAGAAUACAUGAAUACCAGUGUCAUUCUUGUUUAGAUAGUGAUGUUCCUGGAAAGGGUCUUACUGAUCGCAUGUUUUGUAAGAUCUUAUGUCUGGUGGCUUAUCUGAAGCAUAACAAUUAACCAUUACCACCAUCCUCUGCAGUUUAAUUACUUAAUUUGAUGAUAAUACCGCAUGUGAAAUUUGUUGCCAAAUCUUGUUCUAACAGUCUUGCAAUGGAAGGCCAUUUUCAGUAUAAGAUCACCUUCCCUUGAAAACCUUGCCUGCUAUGCUGGCAUCAUAUUAAAUAUGUCGCCAUUUUCGGUUUGGAUUUGGAAGGAGUUGGUUGAUUGAGGAUGUUGAAUACAGUACUUCCUUUCUGCAUCAUAAACACGUUAGUGAAAAUUUGAGUGUAAAACCAUCUACCCCUAGUAAUGAAGUUCUCCUACUCUCUCUUUGUCCUUACAUUAGGUGUGUAGGAGAAAAGAAGGAAAAAAAGGUGGCACUAUGCUUGGCAGCUUUAAGCUGUUUUCCCCCUCCCUACACCUGCCCAAAGAAGAUAGAUAACAAGUAAAUUGAUUAAACGAUGGGUUAAGAGAUUUAGGUUAUACAUUAGAAAUAGUGAUGAAUAACCUGUCUAAAGAUGAAGUAGAACCCUUCUAGAAGUGAUAUAGAGAACCAUGUCAGAUCCAUUGGUGACUUACUUUAGGAAACAGAAAGACAGUACUGUGUGUUGUGGAGGUGUGUUAAGGGGUGUGUUAAUAGGGUGGUAAGGGUUAUAAGGGGUCAGUGACCGAAGACAGCAAAGGGGAACAGAUUUGGAUCCAGAAUUGGUGUGUAGGGGUGGGAUUGGAGUGCUCUGGGAUUUAUUUGUGUGGGGACUAUGGGGCUGAAAAAGUGUGAGACUUGAGUGUCACAAGGCAUUUGGAAGCUGCAAGCUAGCUUUUUAACGUUUGGAUGUUCCUUUCCACUGAAAGUAGAAGGCAUUUUUUCUUCUUUUUUGCUAGGAGUGCUCUUAACUUUUGUUUUUGUUUAAUUUAUUUAUUAAAUUUGUGUAUUGCUCUUCAUCCGUUGAUCUCAGGGAAGUUCACAAAAUACAUACAACAAAAUACAUAAUAAAAAGAAAAACAGAAAACAAAUUCACGAUGAAUUUAUUUAUAGGUGAAUAUUUUUGUCUGAAUUUUCUAAACAUAAAUCCUUAAACGAAUUGGUCACAAAAAUCACUGACUUAGUUUCUAGUGAUAGUACCAAGCCAGACAGCAGAUGAAAUUACUGCAUUUUUACUAUUUUAAAUUCCACUAUUUCACAUUUAACUAAUACCAACAGUGUAAAAGUUCAUUGUUCAAAAAUUAUAAAGCUCCUGUCCAAAGGCCUUACAAACCUUUUUUUUUUUUUGUCGGGGGGGUACCCUAACUCUGAUGUGUAGAAUUGCAACCUAAAUGAUUUGCACUUUAACUCAUUGGUAUUGUUUGAUUAUUAAGGAGAGGAUGAAGAUUUUUUUAAAAUUGUAGGUUAUAACAUAUACCUAUGUUUCUUUCUGAUUGAUUGAAAACUAAGAGACCUGUAGCACUUUAAAUGCUUUAAUAAUAAUAAUAAUAAUAAUAAUGGCUUAAGCUUUUUUUGAUUACAGCCCACCUUGUCAGGUGCCAAAGGAUUAUUUGUUGCUUUUGCAACAAAGAUUUGUGAAUAGAUUUCUGGAAACCUGCAUCAUUUCUUGUUUUACACAAGGCAUACAUGCAACAGCAUCAUUCAUUUUUUGUUUAAACUUCCCUUUAUAAAUGCUUUUAAAUAAAAUGACUAAUGUAACAUAAGAAUCAUUUUUCUCCAUUAGUUUUAGAAACUAAUUAAAGAGUGAAUGUUUUCUUUUUUUAAAAAAAAUCCUGUUAAAUUCCUUAGGUAAUUAACCGGCAGCAAGCAAAUGAAUUGUUCUUAAAAUCAGGCUAUAUUUUGAGUUGUAACAAAUUUUAAAAGUCUAGCACGGUAAAGGAAAACCAUUUUUACUAUAUCACAAUUUGAUCAUUGUAGAAAGUAAAUCAUGGAAAAACAUUUAAUAUCUGGAUUUGGAGUCAUUAAAUAAAUAGAUGGUCAGGUGUCAUUUUGAUGCAGAACACUGACAAAUAUAAUUAGUCUUUCACUGUGAGUCCUAAUUUUCCUGUAAAUGAACAGUUCCUUUGUUUUCCUCUUACAUUUUACAUGGAAUUAGUCUGAUUUAUAAGAACUUACCAAGAAAAUGUUACCCUUCUUGUCUACAAUUCUUUAUUUAUGGACUUAAUUAGAUUUGGAGCCCGUCUCAUUUUACAGAUAUAAAAUGAAGAUAGAUUGUUCCUAUCCUAUAUAUAUGUUAGACAAGGACUUGGAUAAGAGUGGGCGACAAUUUAUGUACAGUCACAGGUGUUCAUACAUGCUGCACUCAAAUGGAAUUUCCUGGGGAGAAAGCAAAACAGAAGUAGGGGAAGGGAAUGCUUCAUAAGGAAAAAUAAGGAGAGAUGUUAGCAUAUGAAGGAUCAGAAAUGAGAAGUGAGAAGACAGGGAGGUGAGGCUACUUUUCAUUAAAUUACUCCUAGAGACAAGUGAUGGUGCCACAGAAAUGUUAACAGAGAAAAUUAAGGCAUGGGAUGGUAAGGAAACAUGCAAGGGAAGAGAGUAGGGCUGGGGGAAUUUCCAGCUGCAAGAUAAAAAAACUGUGAGACUCUGGGAUUGACCUUGAAUAGAGAAUGGGGCUCACCAACACCAACUGGAUGGCUCUUCAACAAUACCUGGGCAGUAGACUGAGAAGACUCACAAGGAACCUGAUCACUGUCCUCUCUUCUAUGAUGAGAUGUGUUUCUAGUCGUUGUGUCUGAAUUUCCAUCUAUACAUUUAAAUCAGCAUCUGCAGAGUUUAUGGUAACGUGUCCUUGUUUGUCCUCUUUUCUGGUUAUGCAUUUCUUAACCAAUUCCUGAUCCACAAGAGGACCUAUCCUUGUAUUCAGUGACUGCUAAACCUACUCAGGAGUCUUUGGUGGGAUACUUUGUCCAAAGCUUUUCGGAAGUCCAAGUACACUAUGUCAGCUGGAUCACUUCUAUCUGUACACUUGUUGACACUUUCAAAGAACUUUACCAGGUUUAUGAGACAGACCUUCCAUUUGCAGAAGCUAUGCUGGCUCUGCUUCAGUAAGGUUUGUUCCCCAGUGUGCUUGGUUAUUUUAUCUUUAACAAUACUUUCCACCAGUUUUCUGGGGGCAUUCAGCUAACCAGCCUGUAAUUUGCAGGGAUCUCUGCUGGAUCUAUGUUUUAAAAAACAUGUUGCCUUGGCUACUUUCUAGUCCUCGGGUAUGGAUGCUGCUCUGAGAGACAAGUUACAUAUUUUUAUUAGAAGAUCAGCAUUUUCACAUAAGUACUCUCAGUUGGAUUCCAUCUGGACCCAGUGAUUUCUCCGUUUUUAUUUUGUUUAUUUGUCUUAGACCCUCAUCUCUCAUCACCACUAUCUCCCUUAGUUUUACAAACUCACCUCCUGCAAAGGUUAGUUCAGGCACAGGGACCUGCCCUAUACCUUCUGUCAUGAAGACAGAUGCAAGGUAUUCAUUCAGCUUCUCCUCAACCCCUAUCAUUCUUUAGCACUCCUUUGACUCCUUUAUCAUCCAAGGGUCCAACUGUCUCCUUGCUACUUCCUGCUAUUAAUAUAUUCAAAGGACUUCCUGUUGUUGGACUUAACAUUUUUAGCCAUGUGUUCUUCAAAUUCUAUUUUAGCAUUCCUUACUGUCUGCUUGCACCUCCCCACCCCAAGUUUGUGUUCUUGUUUCCUUUUUUGGGACAAGCCUUCAGUUUUUUGAAGAAAGCCUCUAAAAGCUGCUUUGACUGUCCUUCCUUGGAGGGUUUUAAGCAGAGCUUGGAUGGCCAUCUGUCAUGGACGCUUUAGCUGUGAUUCCUGCAAUGCAGGGGGUUGGACUAGAUGACCCUUGGGGUCCCUUCCAACUCUAUGACUCUGCUCAUUAACCAGACUGGUGUUCUCUUGACCCUCAUGGUACCUUUCUUGAUCUGUGGUAUACACUCCAGUUGAGUUUCUAAUACUCUGUUUUUAAACAACUCGCAAAUAUUUUGAAGUGCUUUGACCCUCUUGACUUUGCCUUUCAACUUCCUUUUUACCAACUUUCUCUUCAUUUGGGGGAGGUUUCUUCUUUUGAAAUCAAAUGCACUGUGUUGGAUAUUCUUAGAUCAUUUACAUGUAUAUUUAAUUUAAUAGCACCAUGGUCACUGCUCCCAAAUGGCUCAGCAACACAUACAUCUCAUAUCAGGUGCUGGGGGGGGGUCCCUCUCAAAAUUAGGUCCAAGGUUGCCACCCCUCUGGUUGGUUCUACCACCAACUGUUCUAGGCUACAGUCAUUUAAGAUCUCUAGAAAUGUUACCUCCUUGUCAUGACUGGAGCACAUAUGCAGCCAGUCUGUGUGAGGGUAGUUUCAGCCACUCAUUACUACAAUGUGUCCUCUUUUGAUGCUUGAUUUCAUUAUUCAUCUCAAGAUCUCCCUGGACCCCUGGGGCCCAGUAUCACCACCCACAAUGAUUCUAUAGAAGUAUUCGUCACUUUUGGGAUUUCUAGCUAGCGGGAUUCAAUGCUGUCUGUGACGUUCAUAGCGACACAACCUUAGGUACACCCUUCUUUUUGCUUCCUGUAGACUUUAUAUCCAGAGAUAACAACGCCCCACUGGUUUUUUCCAUUCCACCAGGUUUCUAUUAUGCGUACUAUAUCAAUGCCAUCCUCUAAGACAAAGCGCUCCCACUUGGAGGUGUCUAGCAUUAGCAUAUAAACACUUAUAUAAAUCUCUCUUUGGUACUUGUGUUUGUCUUGUGGUCCUUUGGCCUCUCUGAAUUUCUGUCCUGUCCCCUGCACUCUCAAUGCCUAGUUCUCUGCAAGCCCAUUUAAUUUUUCCUCAGUUUCCUCAGUUUUACUUUGUGGUUGAACUGGUCACUGCUGCAAUAUCAUUUUAGCUGAUCUGCCACAGGGUCCACUGACCCAGGCAAUCACAGACUUAUUCUUUCUUGCAAGUAUGGAUGCAGGACACUCAGGAGAUUUUCUGCCUAAUAGCCUCUUGCCUUUUAGUGACUAGUCCUACAAAUAUGGAAGUGCACUUAGUUGUAAUUGACCAUUAUAUAAAUAAACUGCUCAAAAACCAAAGUGGUUUAAAAAUGUUUCAUGUUUACUUCUAGUUAGAAAUAGGCUUAGGUUUUUUGGUUUUGAAUACUAAUCCAUAAUUGUUCUGUCUUCAAGAAAGUUAUGGGAGUGGAGAGAGAAAGUGAGAAAUCACUAUAGAUUGCAGUUUAAAGUGUCCCAAAGGAUUUGGUUCUCCUUUCAAGAUGCUUGUUUAACUCCCAUUGACAGUAAUGGCAGAUAUAUAAUGCAGUCAAAUUUUAAUGAGUUGGCUUGUAAGUGCAUAUUUCCAUGCUAGGCACAGUUUCAACUUAAAAUUACACUUUUGAAAAAGGUUCAUUCAUUUACAUUUUCAACCAAGACCGUUAUUUCAGGGUUCUCAGUUCUGCCAGUAUUUACGCACAUCAUUGACUUCAGACUGCAGAUGCCUAAAUGUCAGUUCAUAACAAUAUUGAUGUCAGUUCCAUAAAUUGGUGGAAAGUUACUGAUUAGGUCCGUGGUUUUCCACCAGUGUGCCUUGGCACCCUGGGGUGCCUUAAAUAAUGGUCAGGGGUGCCACGGGCAACACUGGCCUCUGUCCCUCUUUCCUUCCCUCCUUGCCUCCCUCCCUCUGAUGCCCUCUUGCAUCUCUGCCUCCCCAAGGCUUGCACAGCUGUUUGUUGCAGCAGCCCUGGCUAUAAGCUCCCCAUGUGAAUGGUGUCUCUGGGGCUGGCCAGGGGGUGCUGGUUUCCAGGAGCUGAGGCAUCCUUGGAGUAAGCAAGCAAGUGGGUGAGGGAGCCCAGCCUGCCAGUCCCUCGUUGUUGGGAAUGGACAGACAAGUGCCAGGCCCCGUGGGGCAGUGUGAGGAGGCACCUCUCUUUGGGGCAGGAGAGGGGCAGCUCAGAGAGGGAACACUUCACAAGGGAGGGUGUUUGAAAAAGGGUGAGAGGCUGCCGGCUCUGCAGGCAAGGGUGACCUAUCUGGGCUCCUGAGCCUCACAUGGGUGCCGCAGAAAGAAUGUAGUUGGUCAAGGGACCCAUGGACCCAAAAAGGUUGAAAACCUCUGGAUUAGGUAAUAGAAAUCCCAAACUUUUAAACUCCAGUACCUCCUUCACUCCUGAAGGCGGAGGUGGUCCUAGAAGCUGGGUUCCUGGGAGUGUCACUGCCGCUGAGAAACAAGAAGUGAUGUGCCUAUGUUUGAGUGAGGAACUAAUUGGAACUCUGCAAGCAGCAGUUCUAGCAAAGUGCUUCAUUGCACAGGUAUUCUCUGUUGUCAAGCAAGAGAAUGAGGAUUACAACUGAGGUGAAGGGGGUAGUGCUUCCUCCAUGUGCAGGAACUUGCAUGCAUGAAAGUGCCUCCAGACUGUACUUACCAAUAAUUCAGGUUUUUGCAAAUUUAGGUUUGCACAAUCAAAGUGGGUUAAAGUGCUAGGGCACCCCAGUGGAGCAAAUCAACAUAUAUAUAUAUAUAUAUAUAUAUAUAUAUAUAUAUAUAUAUAUAUAAAUGCAGACUUUCUGCAGUUAGGGAAGUCACAGGGAAAUGUACUGGAAAGUGUAGGGUGAAUGAAGGGUUAAUGGGAAGUGGUUCACCAUGUAAGCUGCAUGUAAGCAAAUCUGUAUGAGGUUCAGUAUACAGGCCAUAUAGAGGAGCACUGAGAAGCACACACAGAUGAAUUGUGAACAGGCUUCAGAAGGUAUCUUACUCAGAAGCAGAUGAGAUCUCAGGUGCUCCUCCAUCUCUCUCUCACUUUUUAAAUUGUCUGGAGAGUUUCAAUAUGUACAGGGGCUGCAGCACAAGGGAAUUGAGAAUUUAACCCUUCCACGUCCAAGAAAGUCAGCCCCCCCCCCCCCCGUUUUGGCCUGCUAGCAGAGGCGGACCUUGGUAAUAUGGCCCUCUGUGUGACGCCAACAUUUGACAUCCCGCUGCCUUCCCAAAGUUGGGCAAGUGCUAACUAGGCUUUGGGAAGGAGUCGGGGGAGGGAGGGGGGACUCUAGGUUCCUGUCACACCUCCUUCCCAAAGCCCAGCGCUUCCUAGACUUUGGAAAGGAAGCCAGGAGGUGCCCCCUUGCCCCCUGCGCUCUGUGUUGGGGAACCAUUCGUGCUGCCGGAAAUCUGCCUCUCCUGCUAGGAAAACCAUAUAUGUGUCAAUUCCAAAUAGCCUCAGGGAGGGAUGGUGGUAAAUCUGCUCAAUCUGUAGUACUGAUUAGAUUAGGCCUCCAGCAUUUCUGUAUGAAGAAAAUGUCAAAAGACAAAGGUGCAUUCAGACAUCUCUGAGGCAUAUGUAGCUUAGCCUUUGUAUGAUUAAUAAUUUUAUGAAAUACUUUUACUUUUACCCAUCUGAUUAUACCAUCUUUUCCCACUGGAUAUCAGGUCAUUCCUAUCUCCCCCUAACAUUCAAUUUAUCCUUGCAUCAUCAGCAUGUUAUAGAUUUGCAAAUAUCAUAUGAAAAUGCACUUGUCUUCUCCACACUUUAACUGCUUAAAUCCCAUGUUCUCUCUUGUUAUUUUUAUGUAUUUCCAACCUUCAUUAUAAAUAUUAUGCUGUAUGUGAGCAGUUUUUUGUUUCAAUAUUAGAUUGCAGUUAUAAGAGAUAAUCACUAUGGGGGUGUAUCUCUGGGGUUUGUGAAAUACACUGUAUAGGUAUAGCAAAAGUUGAACAGGGAACAGUAGAUAGUGGAAAGAGAGACAUUAUGAAAGCAGAAGCAAAGAGUUAGAAAAAUGGAAAUCAGGAAGAAAGAGUUCAGAGAAAUAUUGCCUUAUCUGUAAAUAAAAAGAGCAACUAAAAUGUGAUUGAAAAAUGGCAAAAUGCAAAAGAUGGAAUUACUUUCUGUAGACAUGUCAACAAUGAUGGAAUAUGUUAGAGUGAAGAGUAAAUAUUCUUCAGCAAAAAAAGCAAAAAUCCAAAGUCCUAUAAACACCUAUUCAUCUCAUAGAAUGAGAUUUCUUUAUUAAGGGGCAUAAAAUAAUAAUGUAUUGCCUCUGAAAGGUCACACCAGGCUAAAAACUACAGCUGAUUUUACAUGCCACAGAUAGUUGUAUUAGUCCUUUUAGUGCAGGAAGCAAGAUGUGGAAGCUCUCAGAGCAUCCACUCACAACGCCACUGGUUGCUUAAGGUUUUCCUUGCCUCUUGAGGCAUCCAGUGAUCCAUUUAUCCCUCCACACGUCAGAGUCCCAUGUACAGGGGAUUUGCUCAUUCUUUUUAUUAUUAAAUGUAUAUCAAACAAAACUUUACAGUAUUCAUGAUUUGUGGAAAGGAGCUCAGAGUCUUGAAACAAGACAGACUGUAUGCGUUGUAUCCAGUGAUCCUGCAGGUACUUUUUCCGGCACAACACUCUCCUCUCCCCUUGUCCCUGUGUGCCCUCCAAAAGUUCUCUAGAGGGUUGGGGGAAAACUCAGAACAUAUCUGGAGUGUGCAUGGAGCGAGGAGAGGAAGGGUCAAGCAUUCUGUGUGAAUGGAAUGACUUCUUUAACUACAACCCUGUGAGCCUACUAUUGUGCUUUGGCAAAAAUGACAGAGAGGAAGGUUUAGACCAUGGGUAGGCAAACUAAGGCCCGGGGCAGGAUGCGGCCCAAUCACCUUCUAAAUCUGGCCCGCGGACGGUCCGGGAAUUCGCGUGUUUUUACAUGAGUAGAAUGUGUCCUUUUUAUUUAAAAUUUGUGGGGCAUAGGAAUUGGUUCAUUCCCCCCCCCCUUCAAAAUAUAGUCUGGCCCCCCACUAGGUCUGAGGGACAGUGGACCAGCCCUCUGCUGAAAAAGUUUGCUGACCCCUGGUUUAGAUCAACAGGUUUGCAGAUCCCUCCACUUGCAAGCUGUCUACAAAUGUGGGCUCUCCCAACUAUGUUCUCCUUGAGCAGAGGGCAGAAACUACAAUUGCCUUUUGAUACAACAGAAUAACUAACAUAUGGCAAAUCUUCUCCAAUCCAGCAAGACGUUUAACUUGCAUCUAGUUUUAGACACUUGACUAAGUUGCUUAUAAAUUAGGUAAAUAUCUACAAACCUUCUCAUUUUGCAUAUCUUAAAACAUUAACAAAACAAAUUAUGAUUGCGUAUUUUUGGAUCAGAAAGUACCACAACCUGGGGUUGUCAAUCCCAUUUCAUGGGAAUUUCCCUCAAAAGUGCUACGUGCUGAUUGUGCUGUGCUUAGUACGAAAACCUCCAUCUUCAUAGUUUUCAAUUGCCACAAAAAUGCUAGGUAGGACCUUCAUGAAAAUCCUUAAGCCGUCAUGGCCUCUCACUUUGUCAUGCAGAGUCCCAAAUUCCCAGUUGCAAGCCUUCCCUCCCCCUCCUUGUAAAAAACCCCACCCAAAUCUUUCCCCACCUUUUCAUUCAUUGCCUCUUCCAUCUCCUGGCCAGGGAAAGAGAGCAGCAGCAACCUACUUCAGUUUCUCAUUUGCACAGAUUUACCAGCUGCUCAGGGAUGCGGGUGGCGCUGUGGGUAAAAGCCUCAGUGCCUAGGGCUUGCCGAUUGAAAGGUCGGCGGUUCGAAUCCCUGCGGCGGGGUGCGCUCCCGUUGCUCGGUCCCAGCACCUGCCAACCUAGCAGUUCAAAAGCACCCCCGGGUGCAAGUAGAUAAAUAGGGACCGCUUACUGGCGGGAAGGUAAACGGCGUUUCCGUGUGCUGCGCUGGUGCUGGCUCGCCAGAGCAGCUUCGUCACGCUGGCCACGUGACCCGGAAGUGUCUCCGGACAGCGCUGGCCCCCGGCCUCUUGAGUGAGAUGGGCGCACAACCCUAGAGUCUGUCAAGACUGGCCCGUACGGGCAGGGGUACCUUUACCUUUACUUUACCAGCUGCUCAGCAACACUGCACACAAUGGGGAGGGUCUGCUCUGCGUCCAAACCUCUUAGGUCCCGGCCCAAUUUGUUUGCAUUGCUGCCUCACCUUUCCUUGCCAGUUUCAUUUGGGAGCCUCAAGUGUCACUGAGGUGUGUUGUGGGCAUUUCCUCUUUGGGUCCUGCUUUGAAAAAGAUGCAGAGAGAUCUGAUCCUGCAGCUUGUCCCUCUCUGUGGCUUAAAAUGAACCAGACUAGAUUCCUGGAGUGUAGGGGCAUUUGGGGAAAUGGGGAGGGGUCUUCCGGAGGAAAAACCCCUCCCUCCAAAGCCCUUUCCUGCCUGGCUUCUCACUUGGAUGGGAAAAAGACAUUGAUUUCUCCCAUGAGCUGAAUUGGAGUGGCCUUCUGAAUAUUGGGGCAUGUGCAGAGUGCCCAUUCAAUACACCAGCGUUCGAGCCAAGAGGCGGGGGCUUAGAGGAAACUUGCUAUAAACACAAGGGUCUUUAUACUUUAGAUUGUGCUGAGCCACUCUCUGACUCAACUCUCACAAGUAUGCUGACUCACUCUUUAAGGAACCAGCAUAUACACUCUGGUACUAACCCAUAAAACCUUUUUUAAAUGUCAAAAUCAGCAUUUUGAAUUGUUCUCAGAAGUGGACUGGUUGCCUAUGCUUCUGUUUAUAAAUUGCAUGAUUUCAUUUCAUUUCACUUUCAAUUUGUAUACCACCUUUAUACAUUAGUGUGCUCAAGGGUUAGAAAUGACAAAAUAUAUAACAAUAAUCACAUUGGUUCUAUUUUCUACUAUAAUAAAGUAACAAUCAUAUUGUCAUUCUAUAACAACUCAAAAUGUCUUUAAAAUAUGUGAUCGGCUAAAUAAACGCAAGAUAUGCAAUGUUGUAAAUCCUUUUUGAGUUUUCUUCUGAAGACUAUGGUUCUGUUUCUGUGUUACAGGGUUUCCCUUCUUUAUGCAGAAAAUAAAAUGUUAUUGGGCUGAUACAACUUAUUUUAUAAAGAGUAAAAUAUUGCACUUACGACGAAGCAUGCAUUUUGCUUUUACAGCAUAUAUAUUUUAUGAGCAAACAUGGAUAAUAAUUUAAGUAAUAAUCAUCUCCAAACUGUUUUAUGAAUGAUGGUUUGUUGUCUCACAAAUUGAAUGUGGCCUUCUGGACUUAUAAUAAUGUUUUCAAUAUAGCUAGCAAAUUGCCCAUUCCCAGUUUAUUACAACUGAGUCCAAAUAAACAAUGAACGUUUUUUCACACAGUUUUUGGUGUUUUUAUUCUUUCAAAUAGAAGAGGUGAUUUUCCUUCAAAUCAGGUUGUCAACUCCCCCCCCCCGCCCCCUGGUAGGCCAGUGCUAUUUUGGAGGGGCAUAACCAUCACUGUGAUCAUUCCAGUGAUAUUAAUUCUGUUAAUUUUUUGUUUUUCAGGAGGUGCAGCACUGACAAUGUGAAUGUGCGAUGAUGAAAACAUUUGUGGUUUGAAACUGUAAGUUUCCACUGUUGGUGCUUGCAGAGAAAAGUAUGAGAUUUUGAGACUGGAAUGAUGAAAUUAUUUAAAAGAUAUGUUAGUUUGGGAGGUGAUAAAAUUCUGAUACAGUGAACAAACAGAUGCCAAUGAUAUGGUUAGAAUCCAAAGGGGAAGCUGCACAUGACCUAGUGCUCAUGCCUUAUUUUUCCAGAGUUUUCUGCAAUCCCCCCUCACGCCGUUAAACUUUUUUUUAAAAAAAACGUACCAAAUUUACAUAUUGUUUGAUUUUACGAAGGGAAACUUGUCAAAAGGGAAAGUGCACAAACAGCAUUAUUUCCAUUGACAUGUUCAUUUACAUUUACAGAAUUGUGUGAAUGCUCCACCUCAACCUGCAGAUCUCAGGCUAUGUAAUAACAUACUUUUAAAUACACUGGAAGUGGAUAAUCAAUGCAAAACAAUAGGCUGCAGGUUUUGAAAAUGGAUUAUUUUGGUGGAGUCUUGAGUAAAUAUAUAGAAAAGCAGACAAAAAUGUACAAACCUUAGAUAGUCAUUAUUGUGCUAUUUGUUUGUCGUAUUUUUAAAGAUGUGGGAGCCACAAUUUAGGUUUGGUAGAUCCAGUCUUCAUAAAAAAUAAUUUCAUGAAAAUUCUUUAAAAAUAUUUAUGUGAGAAAAAAUAAUCAUUAAAGGAAUGUACAUUUGUGACACCCAUUUUCUGGAUUAAACAAAGCAUGUUCAGUUAUAACUGUUACAACAUUCCUCUGGGUAAUUCAUGGUUUUAUGAGUGCCAUUGAACCAUAGGAGAAAACAGACCUUAUACUGAUUUCUUUGGAACACACACUUGGUUGGAAUCUCUUCACGCACAGGCAUGCAGUAGAUUGCAGCAAUAAUAUAAACCUUCACUAAUACGCUUAGACUAGGGGGGAAUUAAAAUUAAAUAAUUGUGUUUGCAAAACAUUAAAACUGACAUGCAAUUUCUAAGCAUUACUGCAUUGUUCAGUAGAUUUGUGAUUCAAAGUCCUUACCAUUGGAACAUGUUGUGCCAUGUGUCCUUUGAUAAGUUUGUUUUCCUCCUUACUCACUAACACACACACACACACACACACCCCACACACACAUCAAAUUGUCAAGUUGCUGAGAUGGAGAGAUUUGUAAUGAGAUGUUCAAGUUGUUAGCAUUUAUCUUCAUCUCCUAAAUCUCCUUCUGACAUUAAAUAAAGUGUAUUUCAGGCAGAUUAACUGUCAAACACUUAUGCCAACUACAUUUCCCCCCAAUCUGCUUCUAGGUUUUCAGAAGGGAAAGUUGUGCAUGAUGAGGUACGGAACGAACAUGGAUAUUUUUAGCCCGUAUAGGAAGAUAGUGGAGAUGACCCCCUGAAAAAGCAUCACCAUCCUCACACAGAGCAAGCAUGGCUUUUGCCCAGUCGCACGUUAUGACAGCUAGAAGGCAUCAGCACAGUAGACUAAUAAUUGAAGUUGAUGAGUACAGCUCAAACCCGACACAGGCAUUCACGUUCUACAACAUUAACCAGGGACGUUUCCAGCCCCCACAUGUGCAAAUGUAAGUAUUCUAGUUCUGUUAUUGCUAUACACAGACUUCUGAAUGGUUAUUGCUAUGUCAAUGUGUUAUUUGAUGGGCCAGUCAAAAGCGGGAAUCGAGGGAAUAGUGUUUUAGGGAAACAUGUAUUUUUAUUAACAGAUGCAAGGGGGAACACUGUGUUGUUUUACCUUGCUAUUUAAUAAAAUGGCAAUAGGCAAUUGCAGGAGCUUAGUACUGUAUUAUACCCUUAAUCAGUAACCACCCCACACCCUUAUAUGAACAGUUAUUUUAAUAUGAAGCCUUUUAAAGAACAAAACAAGUCUCAUUGUUUGUCUAGAGAUUCAAGAGAUCUGCACUGACAAAAGAAUGGCAGCAACUAAUGAAAUAGUGUGAGCACCCAUAUGACAAAUCCUACUUUGAUUCUGACAGUAUGUGAAAGGCACAGGAUGCUUAAAGUGUAAUUAGAUUAAUGUGUUUGUUUUGACUUUUUGUGUACCGUGAAAACAUCUGUAAAGUUAAUUGCUCUGAAGGGUGAUUUACUUUUAAUGUAACAUGGAAGAUCAUAACUGCAAAAUGAACAGUGCUAAUAAAGUUGAGAGCCUUAAGGAAAAGAAAAGAAAAUAUUUAGCCAUAACAGUCAAAUGAAGUAUUGACAUUAUUGUAAUAUAUUUUGGUAAAGUAUAAAAACUAGUACAGUAUCCUUUUUCUCUUUAGGAUAGUGACCUGUAACUUGACCAGGAUAGGAGUAGUAAUAGACUUAAUGACUUCAAAACUAUAGGUCAUGUUUUUCAAAAACCAAACAUGCACUGUGCACAUUUGACAUGCAAAUAGAAUUAUGUUGACCCAUUAUCUGGGUCUUCUGCCCCUGCCCCCUCCCCUUUUGAAGAUGGGGACAACAUUUGCCUGCCUCAAGUCUGCAGGGACCUCACCUGUUCUCCAAUAAUUCUCAAACAUCAUAGACAAAGGUUCUGAGAUUACAUCCAUAAGCUCCUUUAUUACCCUUGGAUGCAGCUCAUCAGUCCCCGGAGAUUCGAAUUCAUUUAAAGUACCUAGGUGUUUUCUUACUACCUCUUUUCCUAUCUUGGGCUGCAGCUCCCCCCUUACAUCAUUUAUUCUGUUAUCACUUUUGGGUGAGGACAGAGGCAAAGUAGGUGUUGAGUAGUUCCGUCUUCUCCCUGUUUAGGUUUUGUUGGGUUAGUGUUGGUUAAUUGUUUAGUUGGGGUUGGUGUUUAUUUUAAUUUGGGUAAAACUGUAAACUGUUUAUUAUUAUUAUUAUUAUUACUGUUGAUUUAUUGGUUUAUCUAUUUAAUGUUUCAUUUUUUUAUUACGUUUUCAUAUAUGCUGUAAGCUGCCCUGAGUGGCUGGGGAAACCCAGCCAGUUGGACGGGAAAUAAAUAAAUAAAUAAAUGAUAGCUUUUCUCUGUCUUCUCCACACAGAGGACCUACCACUUACCUAUUUUUCCUCAUGCUUUAGACAUAGCCAAAUAAACCUUUUUUAAAUUUAUUUUUAACCUCUCUUGCAAGCCUGAGCUCAUUCUAAGCUUUAGCCUGCCUGUCCUCCCCCCUGCAACUGUUGGCUACACAUGUAUACUCCUCCUUUGUUAUUUCCCCUUUAUUUCAUUUCUUAACUCUCAGCUCAUUGGUAAGCUUCUUAUGCAGCCACACUGGUUCCUUGUUGGAAUUGUUGCAUUUGGGUCUUCAUUAUUUCUGCUUUUAGAGACUCCCAUCCAUCUUGGACUCCCUUCUCUUUGAGUAUUCCUGACCAUGGGAUUUCAUCCAGUAGCUCCUUAAGCUUUUUGAAAUUGGCCUUCUUAAAGUCCAGAGUGCAUGUCUCUUGCCUCUGUAUCAUGAAACCCUGGAAGACAUGAUCAUUUUCUCCCAAGUUUCCAAAUACUUCCACUUUGUUGAUCAGUUCUUCACUGUUAGUGAGGACCAGGUUUGAGAUAGAUGAACCCCUUGCUGCUGCUUCUACCUUCUGUCAGGUGAAAUUGUUGGCGAGGCCAUGGAGGAAUUCGUUGGACCUUACAUUCUUGGCAGAGUUUGAGUUCCAACAGAUAUUGGGGCAAUUGAAGUAUCCCAUGACUACUGUAUCUCUCCUUUUUGAAUGUUUGGUAAUCUGCUCUAGUAAAGCAUCAUCCAAAUCUUCAGUCUGGCUUGGCGGUCUGUAGCAGACUCCCACAGUAAGGUCGCUGUUGUUUCUCUCUCCUGCCAUUUUUACCCAUAUACCCUCAAUCUGCUUUGCAUACUCCAGGUCAUGGAUUUCUUUACAAGUGCACACCAGCGUUCAAAUCAACUGCCUCUCAGCCUAACCACUCUCACAGGGUUGUUGUGGGGAUUAAAUGGGGAGGGGGAAGCAAUGUUUUAUUCUCACCGUAUCAUAGAGCUGGCAAUUUCCCAUUCAGAACAGUCAGGGAAGGAUUAAGCAUACUUUUAAGUCAACUGAUUUACAGUCAUACCUCUUAUUGCGUUUGCUUCACAUUGCGGCUUUUUGGGUUGCGAAUGCGGCAAACCCGUCGCCACACGCACAGAAGCAUUCAUGCUUCGUGCACGCGCAGAAGCGUUCUAUGCACUUCGCAGAAGCGCUCUAUCACACUCCGUGUUUGCGCAGAAGCACCGCUCUAGUUGCGGACUUUUUGGAGUGUGAACAGCACCCUGAAACGGAUCGUGUCCGCAACUAGAGGUACCACUGUAUUACACUUAGGGCACUGCCAACACCCCCACAAUACACAAGUAAUUAUAGUGGGAAAGUAGGACAAAGGGAGAUUACUUUCAGCUACAGUUUCACCUCUGAAAUUGCCUCAAAGAUCUUCAGAGAAUAUUUGGGCCAUCUACCUUACCUGUUCUGUAAGGGUUUUUUGAGUUGGUAAUUUAUUAUUCAUUUAUUGUGUGCAAUAAUAAAAAGGUGCUCAUAAUUAUGUGAAGUGCUUUAUAAAUAUAAAGUUUAAUCUGAAAUGUCUUAAUAGUAGCCUGAACUGGGACUGGAACAUUGCAGGCAAAUUACUGUGCACAGUGUCUCCUUUUGCUGAUUAAAAAUACCCUAGAGAGUGGAGUCAAAAGACUGGUGAUUUCUUGGAAAAUUUGGACUGAGGAAACCUGAAGCUACCAGUACCUAGUUCUGCCACACUUUGUAUAUCUGUAUUGAUAUUUUUUUGCCACCCUAUCUGGGUUCAAGCCUGGUUUUUAUUUAUGUUCUGGCUGGCUUUUUCAUGAUCACAUAUUUUGUUGUUCCCUUUGAAAUGUUGACUUCUGGAACAACUUUUGGGCUAUGUUAUGCAUCAUGAAAAUAUCUAGGAAAUAGACUGCCCUAGACUGAUUUAUGAAAAGGGUAUGUUUCAUUAUAUCUAACUUAUAUGAAGUAGUUACCAUCCAGUUGCGCUGUGAAACUUGGGGGCUUAAUACUCUAUGCAAAGGUACACUGUGCUAGAUAGUUUAGCAUUAAGUGUUUAUAAUGUAUUACAACAUGUGCAUAUGAAACUUAACAAAAAAUGGCUGGUGAAGCAUUGCUAUGGGGCAAUUGAGAGAAAGAGAAAAGCAUGCCUUUCCAGUAGCCAUUGGGAGCUGGCAGUGGAUAGCUGACAGCUCGCUGUCCUCUGGCACAGGUGCAGGUUGCUGAUUUCAGCAAGGGCCAUCAAUAAGCUUCCAGGCUGUUGACUGAGCCCUACUCCCCACUGCUGUCUCCUGACAAUUAUCAGUAAGGAUGUGACCUGCCCCUAGAUUGUAUUUCAGUGGCAGUGCAAGCAAGAUUUCCAACAGCAAACUGCCUCAUCAGCUGCUGGUAGACACAACUCCAUUUAUACCCUAUUUUUAUGUUUGUGUUUCAAAUGAUCUCUGUUAGAACUAGGCAAUAUCUGCUUUCCAACAUUGUAAUAUAUCGCCAGCCAAGGAGAUGCACAUCUUUUGCCUCUUCCUGGUGAGGCCGAGCAGGCAGCGCCACCCUGGGUGGAGCACAUCAGCUGGUGCGCUGCAUGCCAUGGCACCACGGAGCCGCCGGUCUCCCCGGAACCGCGCCAAUGAUAGUCUCACUGUGCAAGCGGCGGCUACCAGGAGCCACCGUUCUACUCAGUGCAAGGAGGAACCAAGGGAGGGGACAGCCUGCCAGUGGUUGUAUGGCCAGGGGGGGAAAUGAAGUCACUGGCUAGCAGGCAGGCAAGCCCCAUUCCCGAGGCUGGUGGCUGGGCUGCGGAGGGAGGUGUGGCCAAGCACCAGGGGGUCAUCAAGUGGCCUGUCUGAAGUGCGCAGUGCUGGCUGGGAGCGGCACUGGGGAUUCAUGAAACGUUGCCUGAUAGGAAAUUCUAAAAUCGCUCUCACAAUUUUAUCUUUAAACCGGCUUCAGGCAAAGUUUCUCUAUAUCUCCCAGGCCUAACCUCUGUACCUGUUGUUAAACAGCUAUUUUUCAUGAGCUUUUUCAGACUGGUUUUCCUUGAAAGCUUACAGACGUUUCAGUUAUGUAUAAUCUAUGUUAAUGUAUUACAGAAUUGGUUAUUUAGGCUGUAAUCCUAACCAUGUCUACUCAGAAGUAAGACCACUUAAAUUAAAGCAGGUUUACUCAUAGGUGAGUGGGAUUAGGAUUGCAGCACACACUCAAAAUAUCUGUAAUCCAGAUCAUGUAAACUGUUCUCUCUCCAAAUUAAUAUCACUACAGAAAGGCCAGUUAUUGAUUUAACUAUUGUGAAAAGUUGAAAAAAUGUAUUUGAAAAAUAUAUUUAAAGGUUUUCUCUAAAUGGUAUGUUAACUGAACUUCAACAAGAAGAGGUAUUUAUUCAUUUGCAGUAAGGAAAAAAUAGCUAUAAAGUAAUAAACAUUUCUGAUUUAUUUUUACAACAAUUUUGUCCAACAAUUAUGAAAACUGAGUUAAAAAAUGUACUGCUUGUCUGCUUGGCUUUUCUGAAUUGCUGUGUCAUAUACAUGGUGAGAGUGUAUUGGAUUUGCAAACUAGAUGUGUGAAAAACACAGUCAUAUGAUUACAUUUUGUAAUAAUUCCUCAAUAUUUUUUACAUAGGGUGGAUCCUGUUCCACAUGAUGCUCCUAAGCCUCCUGGAUACACACGUUUUGUCUGUGUAUCUGAUACUCACUCCAGAACAGAUCCUAUCCAAAUGCCAUAUGGUGAUGUUUUAAUACAUGCUGGUGAUUUUACUGAACUGGGACUGCCUAGUGAAGUUAAAAAAUUCAAUGAGUGGUUAGGUGAGUAUAGCGUUACAAAUAAUUUCUAAAGCUAGUUUCAUUUAACCAGUGAAUAAAACCAUACCUCUGCUUCUGAGAAUUAUGAAUAUUAAUUUUGUCUUGGUGUUGAAGUAAGUGAUCAGCACAGUGACAAAAUCAGAUUACUGUGUGCUUCAGCUGUAAGAAGCAGCAGUUUGAAGUCAUGAUUUUUUGCUUCCUGAAUUUCUAAACUUUGCUGCAACUCAACAGUUGAACCUUUGAUGAUUUGCAUAGCAACUCUUGCAAACAUGGCAAACAUUUAUUUACCCCAGAGGCUGAUAAUUUUUCUGUUUGUGGCUCAGCUGCACUGCAGUCCUGAAAUCCAAACAAAGCAAAGCACGAGCAUGUAGUUGCUGCCUUGGCUAGAGCUGCAGAUGCCUUUUGUAGGAACUGUUGGCAUUGUUCACUGAAAUUCUCUUCCAUUGGGCAAGCAAGCAAGCAAGCAGUAAUCUACAUGCACUCCUGUAUUGUUUGGAGUAGGCGUUUAAAGUAUAAGCUUUAGUUUUGCUUCACUAAGUGGCUGCCCCGCUAUUCCCAUGAAUCAUGGAUUUCCACUUUGACGGAUAUUUUCCUGAAUUAUCUCUCAAAAGAAUAGGAAAAAUGGCUGAAAACUGAGAUUCAUGCAUAGCAUUGAAUAUUUUUAAACCCCAUUAAAAUGAAUGGUCCUAAAGUAAGCAUGUAGGAUGAAAAAAUUCUUUUUGGUAUGAAUGAACACAAUAGACUUCAUAUGUCAUGAACUGAUUGAAGCAGUGGUAUGAGUUAAGACUUAUUUUAAGCAAAGCAAGAAAAUGAUGAGUGGUGUAUAUUUUUAGCACUGUUGAGCCUUUUGUCAUUAGAAGGCUAGCCUAACUGGUAUAAUGAUGUGUGAAUUUGUAUAUAUGCGAAUAUAUAUCAGUGACCAGCUUUAAUGAUGGAAAGCUUUUCAGCAGAUGGAAUUAGAGAGGUGCAGCAGGUCGAACAAUACAGAAAGCAUUUUGAAUCUUAAAUCCUUUCUGCAUCCACAUUAGAUUAUGAUGGAAUAUUCAGAUGGGUAGUUGGAUGUGAUCAGAGAUUAUGCCCUGCUCCUUUAAACUGCUUUAGCGAGGCAACAACUUAGCCCUUGUUUCAGUGUUGAACAGUGCUGAUGUGUAGAAUUUAAAGUCAGUUUUCUGUUUCGUAUCAUGUUGUGUCCCUGUGCAUUAGGCAUCUUAAACAUUGAGGGCAUUUUCGCACAUGGGGCUGAAUACAGUUCUUCCUUUAACAGCAAAUUCGGUUGGUGAGUGCCAACAGGGAAUGGAUCUAAAAUAGGGCCAAUGAGAAACAUAUUGGCAUGUCUGGAAGCAGCAGGCUUAUCAUACACAAUAUCAGAAUGGACUAACAUACCAGGCAAAAGACAAUCCCUCCUUCCUUUCAGCUGCUGGGACAGUUGAAAAGAAAAACAGAAAACUGGAGGUCAGGGGAAGAGUAGACUUGCCUGCUUGAAUGGAAUUGGCCGUGUGGAACCCUGAACAGGAAUACUCCUGUUAGGAUGCAAGAAUACACUGCAACAUUUUGUUACGGGUGUUUCUUGUUCUCUCUGGUAGUGAACUGGGUGGUUGGGUGCCUGUUAGUUUGAAACAAAAUGAGGACACCAAAAUCAGGAAGGUGUUUCUACAUACUCAGGGAACCCUCUAGAACUGCUGGAGUAUAUACAUUUGUAAAGGAAUAUAAAUGAAUAUAAAAGAAAAGAAAGGUUAAAUUCAACAAAGUGCCCAAUAACCACCUCAGAGCUUCUAGAGUUGAGAGCGUAGGGAAAAACAGAGUAAGAUAUCAUUGCCUGAAGAAGGAACUUCCAGGUACACAGUACCAAAAAAUACCAUUUACAUUUGCUGUUCCCUGUUGUUGAGGAGUCACAGCUACACUAAAAUUCUGAUUUACCUCCCCCCCCAUUGUUUUCUGUGGGCACCUUUGACUUUUGUCUAGGGGUGAAUAAAGAUAUAAAAGAAUCAGAAGUUUGGCAACUUAUGUGUCAUUCAGUUUAGUGUGUGGUUGAGAGAAGUUGAGAUACAAAAUGUGAGGUGUCAGUUGAGGAAGGGAAGAAAUGGAGGUUUGGAGUAGUGUUCAAAAUUAGCCAGGCACAUUUUGCACCUGGCUUUUGACCACUUGCGACCAAGUGAAGAUGCCUGGGUGCCAGGAUGAUCCCUGACCUCUCCACCCUCUGGAGGUGCAUGCCUCGGGAUCAUUGGAUCUGGACUGUUUUCAGACACUAAUACCUCAUCCUGUAGAAUUCUAGCAGUUAUAUUUUAUCUGCACAAUAGGGAAUAAAUUUCUGGAACCAAAAUGUUUUUUCUGUGCAGCCUGAUAAGGAGCAGUCACCAUUAAGAAAAAGAGGUAGGAGGUGGCCAAUAUAUAUUUGGACUGUCCCUGCCUGGAUCAAGUGACUUUUCUUCUUGACAUUCUCAGAGCUCUUAACCUAGCUCAAGGUUGUCAUUUGAAAUAGCCAGAUGUUUAAUCAAUCACAGUCAGUCCAGAGCCAUCUUGCCCCCAAAGGGGAACUAGACAUUCCGUUUUGGUGACUGUAUCCUUGGUUUAAGGAGCCAUUUGGCACCCAGCUUAUACACAUGAGUUUCUAACACUGGUUGGUGGAGGGGAAGAAUGAUUUGCUUAGUGAGUACUCUGGAGUGAGGGGGUGGGUGUGCUAUAUGGGGAUGUUUUAGGAGGAAGGAAAGUAAAAAGGACACCUUUGCUUUUCCCCAUUCUCUAGCGGGAAAUGCUGUUUCACCACUUAUUGCGAGUGGAGGGAGUUUGUUCCACUCUCUGUCUACGAGGGUGGCUAGGCCCCUCAUCACAUCACCAGGGUGGGGUUGCGCAACCAUUGAGAGCAGGCUUCCUCAACCUCGGCCCUCCAGAUGUUUUGAGACUACAAUUCCCAUCAUCCCUGACCACUAGUCCUGCUAGCUAGGGAUCAUGGGAGUUGUAGGUCAAAAACAUCUGGACAGCUGAGUUUGAGGAAGCCUGAUUGAGAGCAAGGCUCUGGCCAUUUCCUUGCUCCCUAUCAAAAUUUAGCCUACCGAUGUUCAGUUUCCAGCCACAGAUCCUUUGUUCUGUGGCCAUUUAAUCCAGCCCUGUGCAAGACAGUUCUAUGAGCUGACCAGGACAAUUAUGUUUUCUAGUAUUCUUUUUCUGAAAGUUGUUUCAGCUAGCCAUUCAAGCAAGAAUGUUUACUUUUAAACACACACACACACACACACACACACACACACACACACACUCCCCUAUAGUAUUUAGAGUCAUUAGUCCCAUCUCUUCUAGCAGAGAUUUGACAGGCAUCCUUGCUAUGGACUUCCAGGUGUCUCUUGACGAUCCUUUUUAGGCUGACAGGUUUAUGCAGCUGUUUAAAUUUUCUUUACCAGCCAGUCGUUUUCAGAGUUACUUUGUACUGGUCUUCUAUUGUUUUAUGUUUUAGUUCAAUCAUUGUACACCACCUUGAUAUUAUACAUGCGAUGGUGGUAUAUAAUUUUUUAACAUAAAUAAAUAAUAUAGUAUGGUGGGACUGUGCAGAAUAGGGCAAUAAAACAGAGUGGCUCACAGAUGAGGGGAGCAGAAAAAUACUAGUUUGUUAAAGAAAUAAAGGAGUCCUCUUUGGGAAAACUGAGGACUGCCCCUAUGUAAGCCACCUUGAGUCCUUGUCAGGGAAAAUGCGGGGGGAAAGAAGUGAGUAAGUAAGUAAGUAAGUAAGCAGACAAGAGGAUAAGCAGAGCCACCCAUGUAACCAUCUAAUCAAACUCAGAGUUUAAGAGAGAAAUUAGGAUUGGGGGAGCAUGUGUUAUCCAUAGCCCAACCCCAUUUUUGUUCUCCUCCCCAUUACCCCCCCCCCCAUUGCAGUCCUUUGGGGGUGAUUAAUUGGAAUCAGAUGGGAAAUCAUUUUUACUGAUCCAAGUUAAUGGGAGUACAGCCCCAAUUGCUUAAAAGAUCGUGGAUGGUGAGUGAAAUUAGUAUCAUAAUGGCCAUUUCCCAAUCCAAUUGUUAUGAAAAAGCAUCUCUAGCAGUAUGUGCUACCCAAGGUGUGACUUUAGUUCUAUUGCAGUACAAGAACUGUCAGCCAGAAGGACUCUAUGGGAGACCAGUCAUCUACUCAGAGCUCUUGGCCAAGUUCAGAUGUUUAGGAGAUGAGUAAUUAUAUAAAAUUUAGGAAACAUCUGAAGGCAGCCCCGUAUAGGGAAGCUUUUUAAGGUUUAAUGUUUUACUAUGUUUUUAUAUUUGCUGGAAGCCACCCAGAGUGUCUGGGGCAACCCAGUCAGAUGGACGAGGUACAAAUACUACUACUACUACUACUACUACUACUAAAUUAUUUAUACCCCACCCAUCUGGCUGGGUUUCCCCAGCCAUUCUGGGCGGCUUCCAACAGAAUAUUAAAAUACAAUAGUCUAUUAAACAUUAAAAGCUUCCCUAAACAGGGCUGCCUUCAGAUGUCUUCUAAAAGUCUGGUAGUUGUUUUUCUCUUUGACAUCUGGUGGGAGGGCGUUCCACAGGGUGGGCGCCACUACCGAGAAGGCCCUCUGCCUGGUUCCUUGUAACUUGGCUUUUCGCAGUGAGGGAACCACCAGAAGGCCCUCGGCACUGGACCUCAGUGUCCGGGCAGAACAAUGGGGGUGGAGACGCUCCUUCAGAUAUAAUGGACCAAGGCCAUUUAGGGCUUUAAAGGUCAGCACCAACACUUUGAAUUGCGAUUGGAAACGUACUGGGAGCCAAUGUAGGUCUUUCAAGACCGGUGUUAUGUGGUCUCGGCGGCCGCUCCCAGUCACCAGUCUAGCUGCCGCAUUCUGGAUUAGUUGUAGUUUCCGGGUCACCUUCAAAGGUAGCCCUACAUAGAGCGCAUUGCAGUAUUCCAAGCGAGAGAUAACCAGAGCAUGCACCACUCUGGCGAGGCAGUCUGCAGGCAGGUAGGGUCUCAGCCUGUGUACCAGAUGGAGCUGGUAGACAGCUGCCAUGGACACAGAAUUGACCUUCGCCUCCAUGGACAGCUGUGAGUCCAAAAUGACUCCCAGGCUGCGCACCUGGUCCUUCAGGGGCACAGUUACCCCAUUCAGGACCAGGGAGUCCUCCACAGGGAAAGAGCACAUCUAGCUGGCUACCUUUGAGGUCAGUCACCUUCUCUUCCCUCUUAGCCAGUGGUGAGGAAAGAAAGUUGAAGGAAGGUAGUGUAUUGGCAGCAGGGGGAAAUGGCAGAGGAAAUGUUGUUUCUUCCUUUGCCCUGUUUCCACUUUCUUGUUGGCCCUCUCUUGAAUGCAUAAUGAUUCUGUUAGUGUGAAAGGUUACAUUAGAACAGUUCCCCAGCUUUCUUGUUUAGUACCAUAGUCCUAAAGUUAGCUUUUCAGUUACUCAUUUGAUUUUCCUGUUCCUGGCAGAAACUCAUAAAGACUGCUUUCCCUUCAAAUACUCUAAAAGUUGUAUGUGGUACAAUAUAUGAAUUCUGCGGUUUUAGCUGGAAUGCCAUUUGAGACAACAUGUUGAUGUACUUCAUACGGGUUCUGUAGUAGAGAAUUUUUCUCUCUUUUGCUGUUUCCUUAUUGUUGGUAGGAGAGUGCAUGCUCUUUUAGUGGGAUACGGUUUUAAAUAUCAGACAAAUAGUUCUCGGGGUUUUAAUUAGUAUACAAUUUAUUUACACUAAGCAUAUAAAAACUUACCCAGAUUCCUUGAAAGAAUUUCUUGUUUUCAAUAAACCACCCCAUGUGCCUCUUCCUCCCUCCUUCUCCUGCUCUCUUUAUGUCUGUGAUCUUGCUAAUUUGUUUGAAGGAAUAAUUGACACCAUAUGGCAAGAGCUUUCACCCUUUCCCACAUAUUCUUGCUGCAUCCCAGAUUGCAUUAUUUAACCCUCCCCUUACAACUUUUUUCUAUUACUUUCUUAGAUUUGGUUCCUCUCAUAUUCAAAUAUAUUCUGCCAUUUUCUCUAGCCUCAGAAAUCCUUUUCUCAUCUUUUAAUGCCUAUCAAACUGUCCUUCUUUCAUAGUUGUGUCCCUUUUCUUUGUGUUUGCUUAUUACAUUCUUCCAGAAGUUUCCAAGCAUUCUUCCAAGUGUUGCCCAACUUUAUUUAUUUUAUUUUAUUCUUUUUAUAAAUGGCUUCCCAUAAAAUAGCUCAAAGUAAUUUCACAGGAGAAACAUCAGCUGUUAAAAACAAUUCCAUAUAUACAGAAAAUUAAAUACAAUUCAAAAUAUUAAAAACAAUUUCAAAUCCAACACAGAUGCAGACUGGGAUGAAUAUCUACACUAAAACAGAUUGUUUUAAAAGGAAGGUCCUAAGUAGGAACCAAAAGGCAACAGAGGUGGUACCUGCCUGUUAGUUAAUGGGAGGGAGUUUCAAAGAGCAGGUGCCAUCACCCUAAAGGCCUGAUUCCUGUAUUGACCUCUUGAUAAGAUCAUAUAGAUUGGGUAUAUAAGGGGUGAGAAAGUCCUUUAGGUAUCCUGGUCCCAAGCUGUGUAUGACUUUGUACACCAGAAACAAAAUAUUGAACUUAGCUCAGCUGAACUGGCAGCAAGUCCAGUUCUUUCAGCACUUGCGUAGCAUGGUGAUACUAGUCUGCCCCAGUGAGCAAUUCAGCUGCUGAAUUCUGCACUAGCUGCUGCUUCUCAACCAAACUGAAGGGCAAACCUACACAGAGCACAGUGAGGUAAUCUAGUUACCAGCAGCGGUCUGAUAAUCCAGGUCCAGAAAUGGCCGUAGCUGUCUCACCAGCUGAUGCUGGUCAAAGGCACUCCUAGCCACUGAGGUCACCUGGGCCUCUAGGGACAGAUGAAUCCAGGAGGACCUGCAAACUAUGAACAACUGAGCAAUAACCCAGACUUGGGAACCACCCACCCACACACCUCUGUCUUGUCAGCAUUCAGAGGUAGUUUGUUCUUCCUCAUCCAACCCACCACAGUCCAGGCAACAGGUACAUGGCUUGCAAGCAUGACCUCUCCUGCUUCACAUCUUAGAGGUAGAUAGUAUCACUCUACUGAUGACUUUUUGCUCCCAAACCCCUAUUGGCUUCAUAUUGCUGACAAGAUGGCAGACCAUGGCACCCCACAGCACAACUGCCAGGAGAUUGAGCAACAAUCAUCUAAUACUAUUCUCUGAAACAGAUGUAAGAUCUGAACUGUAAAACCUUGCCUCCAAUAACCAUCUCACUAAGAUCAAAGACCAUUGGGAGAUCGAGUAAAGACAACAGGCUCACGCUCCUCCUUUCCUUCUCCCAAUAAAGGCCAUCCAUCAGGUCAGCCAAAGCCAAUUCAGGCCCAUAAUCAGGCCUGAACCCAGAAUGUUGGGGGUUGAAAUAAGCAAGAGUCCCUGCAGCUGCCCCACCACAACUCUCUUAAUCACCUGAAAGGGGGUAUUUGCCACCAGGUGGUACUUGUCGCAAAGCAGUGGGCCCAGGCUUUCAUGCCUUGUCUCCUGCCAUCUACCGCAUUUCAAAAUCUAAGUAUUGUUUGUUUUUAAAGGCAAUAUGCACAACUUCUCGGAAGUAUCUCUCUACCUAUACUCAUCCUAUACUUAUUUUUUUACUAAAUCCCCCUCUCAACUUUUUUGGAUAGUACCACUUCUUUAGGUACUCAUUUCCAUACCAUAACAAUAAAAUGGCAUUUAUUUUAAUAAUAAUUAACUGUAGGUUAGCUAUGUACUUCAGAAACAGCACCAGUAAAUGGCCUCCAUAUAAGGAUUGUAGAGAAGAUUUCUCAUGUAGUACAUCCCAUAGUUACUCUUAAAAAUCCUCUACAUGUCUAUAGUCAGAAGCAGUGAUGUGGAGAGGUAAAUUAUCCAGUGCUUUACUUUGUUGUUGAAAAAAAAUCUGUUUCAAAAGUCCAUUAGUAACAAUGAAUGGGUGCAGAUUGCAAAUGCAGUACUAAACAAAUAUGGCAGUUUCAAUGUUUUUAGCUCUGCCUGAAUUUGCCCAGGGAUUUCCCCCCAGAAAAUAUCCCAAUUGAUUUUUUUUCUAGAAAACCCACAUCACUGGUCAGAAGCAAGUCCCAUUGAGUUCUGUGGAGGGUAUACCAAGUAAGGUAGUAUACUCUAGUCAAUUUUCUUAGAAAAUGACUUGUCAGACCACUAUAAAUGUAAUAUUGGAUAUGGAAAGCUGUUAUCCUCAUCACAUGUACUUGGAAGUAACUUGUAUUGAAAUCAGUGACACCUUCUUUUAAGUAAAUUGGUCUAGUUUCAAAAUGGAGGUAUAUUUUUGAGCCAAGACAAUUUUUCUCCCGUGUGUGUGCGUAUACACCCACACCCACCUUUUCCCUUCCUAUUAAUAUUGGUGCUGGGUUGUAAUAUUUAUUUGAUAUUUUAAUGUUUAGUUUAAUUGCUAGCUUUUAUUAUUCAAUGAUGGUUAGAUAUAACAGUUUAUAGGUUAUUUAAUAAGGUGUAUUCAUUUUCAAUGUUAAUGUAAAUUUCCCAGACAUCAGCCGAGUGUUUAAACACAGAACUGUCAAUGAGAUGCUUAAAAUGCAAUCUAAGACAGUUACACUGUCUUUACCGUAUCACUCACUUCAGUAUUCUAAAAGGUUGAAAUGAGAAAGAGAAAGCGUUAAGUGAGCAUUUAUAUGGUUGCCAGUGCUCUUGCAGAAUACUAAAAUCUGUUCCAAUAAAAUAUCUGCAGAAAAACAGAGCACAAACUGCUGUUAGGAGCUUGUGUAUAUGUCUCACUGAGGUUAGUUUAUCAUUUGUACUAUUUAUUUUCACACAUAGCAUAGGAAAGGCUACAAAAGCAUAGCCAUGUAAAAUGAUUAGGCUUGGUUCUAGAACUGAUGCUCCUUGCAGCAAUUAAAGCCAACAAAAGAAGGAACAAGUCUAUGUGGAAUCUAGAGCAGAUCAGAAAUGUAGUGCACACAGACCAAGAGCAAACACUGGUAAACCAGACUGGUCUAAGGCAGAGGGGAAGCAGCUGCCCCACUAAACAAGGAGCUUGCCCCCUGCUUGCACCACCCCCCAUUGCUGGACUUUGGCAUUAACAUAUACUGUUACUUUUAUUUCAGAGAUCUAAACAUGCGUUACACAGCUUGUGGGUGUGUGUGGGUGUGGGUGUGUGUGUGUGUGUGUGUGUGAGAGAGAGAGAGAGAGAGAGAGAGAAAAUGAAGUGAAAGGAAAGAAAAAAAUAUUUGAAACAGUGAUACAAUACAAAUUAUAGGUAUACAAGUAAUGCAGUUAUUCCAACUAAUGUGAAAUUACUUACAUGACCUGAUAAUUUUUUUAAAAUGCCUUCCAAAUAGAAUUGUAUUUAUCUGUGCACAAUCUGUGUCUAAAAGUAAACUGUUCAUAUAUUGCGAUAGCUGUCAUCUCAUCUAUCCAUUGCUAAAAGAAUAGAAAAUCCAAGCCAUAGAAGAAUUCCCAGCUUCCCUCUACUAUCUGUGUCAGACCCUUGCUGCCUCUCUAAAAUUCUUACUACAAGCCCUACUUCCCAAAACACCCUCUCCCCUUUCUCUGGAAAAUAGCAGUGAUUGACAGAACAGAGGAGAUAGGUUUGACUCCGUCCUCCCCACUUCAUGUGCGUGGGACACUGACCAGAAGAAUGCUGCACUACAAAAUUGAAGGACAUUUGCCCCAUUGGCUGCACAGCUUGCCUGGGAAAUGAAGAUAAAAGGGAAGCAACAAGCCUUCUCAGUCUCUUCUCCCUGUAUUAUCCUGCCGCUUGGGCGGGCGGGCAGUGAGAUCUUUCAGGAAUGGGGAUGGCUGGUGGUGAUGGGGAAGUUCAUUUUGUCAAACCAUGGAUUACAUUGACUUAAAAUAAUUUUUCUUCAGAUUUUGGGGUGGAGAACUUGGCUCAUUACUGGUUGUUGUUAUUAUUACUUAUUUUAUUUAUUGAUCAUUUUACAAAAAUAAUCUCAAAGCAACACACAAAGUAGAAGAACCCAUACAACACAGCUCAAGGAAAUAAAACAUUAAAAUCAACAAUAACAAACUAAAAGCAAUGAUCACUAAUAGAUAGGAAAAAUAUCUCUCAACCGAACUAUAGAUUAUAACAAAUUAUAAGAUUAUAACAAAACUUCUAGUUGAUCUACAGCUAGUUUGGGAGAGCUCACCCAUCAGUACUUUGCAUCCAACAAAGCAGUAAUAGAUUUUGGAAUGAUGUCCUCUGCCCAUGUUGUGCUCUGCUGACCAUUCAAAAGUUGUAAACUUUAAUGUACAACUGCAGCUGCCCCCGCUUCUCCUGUCACCCUCCGUCCUCUGCCCAAGAGCUUGCAAUUAACCUCUUCCUGCUUUUUAUAAAACGUAGGGCUGCUGGGAAGGCUGUGAUCAGGAAAGAUAGGGUGCCUAAGUGCUAAGGUGACCUUUCUGGUGUAGGUGUAAUAAAUCAAAGCUGGGAAUCAUUUUGAGUAAUAUAAGUACUGCAAACGGGUUUUCAGAACCUUGGCAGUAUUUUGUUUAUUCUUGAAAAACAUGAUGAACAAUAAGGUGAAUGGGGCCCUUGAAAUGUGGUGAUAUCCUACUUUUGUUGCUCCAGUAAUACGGACCACAGUGUCUCAUAAUGCUGAAAUCCUCACUAUAAAGUGCACAGUAGUUUGAAAAUUGGAAUACUGUGUUUUAGCUGGCACAUAACAUUUCCCCCCCAAUCCAUUUCAUAUUCCUUAAUUUGUAAAAUAAAUGUUCAAAAUGAAUAAACAAAGCAAUUAUCAGCUAUAAGCUAUAGACAGACACAUGCCCAUUAGACUGAUACCGUCAAAUUAAAGAAUGAAGUGAAAAAUGAAAAACAGAGCUCACACUCACAAAGUUACUGGUGAAGAAGUUAGGGAUAUAGAUAAUAUGCAGUUACACAAAAAAAUCAGAAAAAUGGCUAAUUAUAUUUUGCUCUAGUUAUAGAUGUAUAUACACCUGCCAACUGAGGAUUAAAUUUCAAGCAUCUGGUGAAUUGGACUUUAGUCCCCAAAAGCUUAUGCUACAAUAAAAACAAGAAAUACAGCAGAUUUAUAAAGAUAAUUCUAAAACAUUUUGGAAGUAUGGGCAGUGGAGCUGAGAAGACUCAGAGCUGGUGUCAGGUGAGCUUCUUUGGAGAAGGAAUUCUAUAUAUGAGCUUUUACAAAUGAGAAAACCCUGUUCCCAGUCACUAUUCAUCUGCCAUCAGAUGGUGCGUGGACCUGAAUGUAGACUUCUGAUGAUAAAUGAGGGACUCAGGCAGCUAUCUGUGAAAAUGGCAGUCCCUUGGGUCCCUUGACUAUAUUCUCUACUCGUUCCCAGCCUAACUGGACUCUGGUAACUCUUCAAAUGCAACCCCAUGUAUAACACUUUGUAGUAAUCAAGUUGGGAGGUUAACAGGUCACAGGCCACUGUGACCAUGCUAGCUGAUAAAGGGGUUGCAACUUACGUAUCACCCUUACGUGAACCACCAAGCAUUGAACCUAAUAUUUUAGAAGGUUUGCAACUUCAUUCAGAAUAGAUUGAACAUCAUCUCCCUGGUUAGGUGAAACAUCUACAAUGUCUCACCUGGACUAAACUUCAUUUUAUUGGCCCUCAUCAAAUCCAUUACUGCUUUCAGAUGCUGUUUCAGCAUGUCUUCUAUCUCACUUGAGUCCCAACAAAAAGGAGCUGGGUGCCAUCAGCAUACUGAUGGUUCCUCACUCCAAAUCUUCAUACAAUCUUACUCAGCAGCUUCAAAUAGAUGCUAUGGGAGACAAGAUGGAACCUUUGGAAUCCAACAGCAUAAACACCAAGGAGCCAAACUGCGAUUUCCCACUACCACUUUCUGAGCUGGCCAAUAAUCUACAGUUUCCCCAACCCACAUUCUUCUUGGGUUCCUAUAUUACAAGUGUUCUUCUCCCUCUUAAUACACCAAAAACAUAGGCAGUAUACAGAACACCAUAAAGAGAGACAGAAAAGGUUUACAUUGAGGGCUUCUUUUAACCUGAUCAUAUUAGGAGAUAUAUCAAAGGGUAAGAGCUUUCAAAUUUUAUAUAUUAGGCUAAUCACUGUGCCCUGUGAUUUAUUAAUAAUUUGCACUAUUUGAUUUAGCAUCUGAAAAGCUAAUUUAGACAUGCCUAAAUGGGCACCCAGUCAAUUUCUUCCUCUCCUUUGAAAGGCAGGCUCUUUUUCUAUGUUAAGAACUGGUUUUCAAACUCCUGUAAGUUUCAAAACUGGUUUGUCAUGCAGUAAAGUACUUCUGCUGCUCAAGAAAAACUUGCCUGUUAGGCAGAGAAACAGUUGCGUAUUUCUUUACAUCCUGGUCUUGGAAAUUAAUUCGAAAUCAUUGGAAAUAAUACACAAGACUUUCUAGUACAGAAGGAUUUUCAAUAUUUGUGGUAAUUGCCAUGCCAUGUCUGUUAUGUUAUGCUUAAGUGAUGGGAAAUUGUAUGUUAUCUUUCUAAUUCAUAAAAGAAGCCCAAAUGCAGAAGCAAUUUACCUGGCAAAAGAAUGCUUUCAGAGUACUCUGAAACGACAAAAGUAUUCUGCAUAAUUUAACUUUAGAUCAUAAGACUGCACUCCACCAACCAGUCUAUACUGGAGUAGCUAUGGAUUCGUGUUAGUAGGAUUUUAGGGCAACCACAUUCUACUGACUUACUGGAUUGGAAUAUCCCAUCCUGCUCACUCCAGUCCAGUGAUUUACUUCCGAUAGAGUAGCUUCCUCACUUUGAAUGGCUUCUCCAUGCAUUUGAUUAGGAGCAUAAGAAGCUGCUGCCUUGUACCAGGACAGAAUGUACUUGUCCAUUUAGAUAAAUAUUUCCUACUUAGGAAAAGGUAUUUCAUAUCAGCUGUUACUAGUUCCUUUUAGCUGGAGAAGCCAAAGACUGAACAUAGGAUCUUCUGAAUGUGGGAUGCAAAGCUCUGCUGCUAAUUUAAUUUAUUUCAUUAACCUUGUAGGCUGUACUUCAUUUCAAAAGAAUCAGAGCCAUUUCCACUGUACUAUAAAACAAUAUGUUAUACAAAGAAACAACAAACAUAUAAAACUAAGUUAAUUUUAAAACCACCAUUGAUGACAAACCAGCAGUGGUUUGACACAUCUCAAGAUCUCAAAUUGUCUAGAUUUCAUUCACUAAAUUCCUGGGAGAACAGAUAGAUUUUAACCUAAGGUUACCAGACAUCCCCGUUUCCUGGGGACAGUCCCCGGAUUUACAAAUCAGUCCCCAUACAGAAUUCAUUGAAGUUGAAAAGUGUCCCCGGAUUCAUUGAAAAAAAUCUGGUAACCUUAUUUUAACCUGAUGCCUGAAUUCCAUCAAAGCUGGGUCAUUCUAUGCCUACUGAGGGAGAGAGUUCUAGUUGGGGUUUUUAUUAUGGAUAAGGACUGAUCCCGUCUUGCCACUUGCCGUGCAACAGCUGACAACAAAAAAGGUGACCUCUGCCAACCUCAGAGUCCAAAUUGGUUGAUAUAGGAAGAGGUGUGGCCAGGCUAUCGUGGUCCGGGAACAACCACAGCUAAUACACAGUCCUAAUACACAGUGAAAAUAGUCACUAUUUCAGUUCAGAGCCUCAAGUUCAGCACUGAAUCUGUCACUUGAGGGUAAGUGCAACUCUGAGCCUCUUGGGCUUGCUGAUCAGAAGGUUGGCAGUUCAAAUCCACUUGAUUGGGUGAGCUGCCAUUGCUCUUUCUCAGCUGCUGCUAACCUAGCAGUUUGAAAGCAUACCAGUGCAAGUAGAUAAAUAGGUGGGAAGGUAAACAGUGUUUCUGUCCUCUCUGGCUUCUGUAAUGGUGUUCUGUUGCACCAGAAGAGGUUUAGUCAUGUUGGCCAUGUCUUUGGACAAAUGGUGGCUCCCUUGGCCUGAUGUGAGGAGCACUACAACCCCAUAGUCACCGUUGACUGGACUUAACUGUCCAGGGGUUCUUUUCCUUUAGCUUUACCAUUCACCCAAUUUCCAGGCAGGGAAACCACCCGUGCGUCUGUCUUGUGAGGAUAUGGCUUAAGUUUAUUGGCCCUCUUCCAACUCAUUACUGCUUCCAUGGACCAGUACCUCCCAAGAUGUCAAAUACUGGGGACCAGGGCUUCAAGCAAGCAACUAUUUGUGCAUCUGAACAUAUAUAGCUCUGUGAAUGAGAACUACUGAACAGCAAGUUCUUCUGUGGUUGAGCAAGCAUGAAUAUUUAUAAUAUUAUGGCCUAAUAUUUAGUUUGGGGGAAAUAAUCAGGUCAUUUUCUGUAAUGUAAGGCUUACUGACUUGCCAAUAGGUAUGGAGAAGCUUGAAAAAAGCUGUGCUGCAAACUCAUCAAAAAUAGAGUUGUUAAUUGAACAGCUGACGGACCUAUAACCACAACGAUGCAGCUACCUCUAUGAUAAGUGUUGCUGUACAUUUAAAGUCAUUUGAUAAUUUGCUUAAGUAACAUCCAUAGAUAGCAGCAUGACAUAAAUACAUUAUUUGAAGCAACAACUAUAUCCAGUUUAAGGGUUUUAGUUUAGUAGAUUUAGUAGGUUUAGAUGAGCUGGAAAUCAUUUAGAAAUCACAGUGGAAAUUGAAUUGUUCAUGCAAGUUUAGUACAGUGGUACCUCUGGUUACGUAUUUAAUUCGUUCUGGUGGUCCGUUCUUAACCUGAAACUGUUCUUAACCUGAAGCACCACUUUAGCUAAUGGGGCCUCCUGCGCCGCUGCUGCACGAUUUCUGUUCUCAUCCUGAAGCAAAGUUCUUAACCUGAAGUAAUAUUUCUGGGUUAGUGGAGUCUGUAACCUGAAGCUUAUGUAACCUGAGGUACUACUGUAUUGAAUUUUCUUCUAUAUUUUAUAAGGAUACUAGUUUGAAGCUUGUUAACAGCUAUAGCACUUGUGUGAUAUUAGCAGCUCAUGUUGGUGUCAACAUAUAUAUGAAAAGGAGACAAGUCUUUUCAAACUGCAAUUGAACUUAUAUCUUAAAUUUCAAGAAGAGUUUUGAAUAAAUCUAAUUGUAUCAUAAGGGCAGAAAAUCCUGAUGUGCAGUAAAGAAUAGAGAUGAAAGAGGGUGGGCUUUUUUAUUUUAAAAAGUACAUAUGUCCAGGUUAUAUUAAAGCUAGAUUUGUUAGCUAUCAUUUCAAAAUCAAUAUUCAUGUAGAUGAGUAAUUUUGAUAGGAUUUCAGGGUAGGGGGAUCCAUUUUAGCUUGUAUGGAAAAAUAGGUGUCUGGGGGAAAUGGGUAAGAAUGGAUAUUUACCGAAGUACUAUACUAAUGUAUAUUGACAGUUAGGGCCACGUGAGAUGUGAUAGAUGAGUUUUGUGUGUUUAAGUACGGAAAUGUCAUAAACACAAUAGGAGCAGGUAUUUCAGUAGCAAAAUAUGUACCUGAGUAAGAGGUGCUGAACUUUCUCCACACCUGUUUUUUUACCUUCCAGGUGCUUUUUGUGUAGUUGACCUCACUUCUAGUAUCACAACUCAAAUGAGGAGAACAGUGCUUGGGGAACAAAGUUGGAUCAUAAAUAGUUGAUCAAUUGACUAGUCAAAUAAUGGCCAUGCAUUUAAACAACGUAAAAGAUACUUAAAACCUGAACAUGUUUGAUACUUUUAGUAAUGACACAAACAGAUUUGUCAGCUGUUCUUGUGAAACACUGAAAUUAACUUUUAAUUUGCAAUGAAUUAUAACUUUUAAUUAUGGUAAGUAAAAUUUCUACAAAUGUGCAAAAAUCGCUGAACAAUUCUUCACUUUGGUUAUUAUCCCACAAGAAGCAAAUAUUUAAAGGGUUUGACUUGCCAAGAACUUGAAGAAGUGCGAGCCAUAUUGCUUUCCUAGGUAUAAUCACUAUGAGUUUCAUCUUUGGACUUCCUUUGGAAUGAUUGGCAACAUCGGUGGCAUAAUUUGAAUAUGCAUACUUCAUUUUGGGGUUUUUAAAAAUAAGUGUAACAAUAAAUGGGUUUAUUGUGUUUUCUCCCUACCAUUUAGGCAGCCUACCAUAUGAAUACAAGAUUGUGAUAGCAGGCAAUCAUGAACUGACGUUUGACCAAGAGUUCAUGGCGGACUUAAUCAAGCAGGACUUUUACUACUUUCCCUCUGUAUCCAAGCUGAAGCCAGAAAGCUACGAAAAUGUGCAGUCUCUCUUAACAAAUUGCAUAUACCUUCAAGAUUCAGAAGUGACAGUAAGGGGCUUCAGGAUAUAUGGCUCCCCUUGGUAAGUAUUUAAAAACUUAACAGAAUUGAUUAAUUCUAAAAUUGUUCUCAUUUUGAUGGUUAUACAACAGGAAAAAAUGAAAACCCGGGGUUUUUUUACAGCCAGAACUUGCUGUGUGGUGAAUUCCAGCACCCCUUUGUUGCGUUCCGGCACCUUUUUAGUGUUGCUGCUGGAAUGGCUCUCAUAGCUGCAUGCUGGAGCCGGCCUGCAGUAGGUCGCUGCGAUCUGGGCAGCAGCGCACCUCUUUUUCUUGGGAGUUCCUGCACCUCUUUUUCUAGAGAAAAAGCACUGUAGAAACCAUUCCAUAUAUUUUAUAAUAAGGUUUCAACAGUUAAAUGAUUUAUAAAUUAGAUGAAUUAAGAACUUUUGAUCAACUAAAAAGUGUCUUCAAUUUAUCGGGGAGCUGAUUAUAAAUAUUUGAAUACAGGUCCUUAUAAAAACUCUGUAUAGCAUGGAAGGAUAUACAUAUUCUGCCUUCCCUCAUACACAAGAGGAGGCAUGAUAGAUGUUUUGAAACCCAGAAUAAUCCCUGGCAUUUUCAGACAGGACUUUGAUCAGAGGCAGGGAAGCCACCAGACACAGUGAAUCUCCUGCCAUAUCCAAGGACUGAUCAGCUGCCAGAGAAGCUUCUAUACCCUCCUGCCAAGGGCUCCUCCCUUCAACCCAGUUUGAAGUCUAUGGGAACCUGAGAGCAAAAGAAGCAGGAAAAGAUUGAUGUUUUGCCCAGUCAUGAGAUGUGCUCUAUCAGUAAUGGCACUGGUCUCUGUGGCCAAUCAGGAAUUUACUUUGAGCCUAGUUAUUAUGGGUGCCAUCCUGGGUGCCUUCAGGAGGGAUAUGAAUUGAAUAAAUAAUAAUAACUAAUAGGUAAAGGUAAAGGGACCCCUGACCAUUAGGUCCAGUCGCAGACGACUCUGGGGUUGCGGCACUCAUCUCGCUUUAUUGGCCGAGGGAGCCGGCGUACAGCUUCUGGGUCAUGUGGCCAGCAAGACUAAACCGCUUCUGGUGAACCAGAGCAGCGCACGGAAACGCCGUUUACCUUCCCGCCAGAGCGGUACCUAUUUAUCUACUUGCACUUUGACGUGCUUUCGAGCUGCUAGGUUGGCAGGAGCAGGGACCGAGCAACGGGCGCGCACGCUGUCGCGGGGAUUCGAACAACCGACCUUCUGAUCAGCAAGCCUUAGGCUCAGUGGUUUAGACCACAGCGACACCCACGUCCCUUCUAACUAAUAGGUACCUACAAGUAAAAAAAAGCUAAUCAGUUCUGGCCAGUUAAUCUUUGUGAAAAGAGGCUUAACUUGAGGGUGUAUGUUCAGAAAUACAGUCGAAACUUGGUUCUCGAACUUAAUCUGUUCUGGAAGUCUGUUCGACUCCCGAAAUGUUCGAAAACCAAGGUGCGGCUUCCGAUUGGCACAGGCGCCCUGGAAACAAUAGCCAGCAGCCACAUCAGAUGUUCAGCUUGCGAAAACCGUUUAAAAAUGGGAAUACUUACUUACUUCUGGGUUUUCGCCGUUCAGGAACCAAUUUGUUCGUCAACUAAGCUCUUUGAGAACCAAGAUUCCACUGUAACUACUAAUCCAGGUUCACAGUGGAGGUGAGAAAUCCUGGACGCUCCGGGUGGCGCUGUUGAGCUACUUUGGAGUAUGUGGAACUCAUCCUAUUGGCUAUAAGACCUGGAAGACCAGCUCCCUUCAUUGCAGGCCUUUUCCCACCUGACCUGGGAGGGCGGGGCCCUGACUAAUUCCAGCUACAAAAGUUGAGGCUGCUGAUCAAACUCUUGGGCUGGGGUGUUGUUUAGGACGUUUUGUUGCAAUGGUGGUGGGAGGUCGUUUCUGUUAUUGAUAGCAAAUUUUUGUAUUGCCAUUUUAGCUUUCUUAUUUAUAUGGAAAUUGUUCAAUAUGUCCGUGUAUAUAUAGAGAGAGAGCAAGCUGCCUUGAGCAUGGUUUUAACUUUCAAAAGGCGACAUAAAAAAAAAAAAAGAUUGCUUGCUCAUGGGUCUGAGGAGAACUCCUGUAUGAAAUUCUGCAGAGUUGUGUUUCAUUCCAACGUUUUAUGGUGUGAGUCAAUGGCUACAUAAGAAAUUUGAGACGGGUAGCCCUGAUAGUUACAAUGAACAAAUAAGAGUCUUCAGACACCUUUAAGACCAAAAGAUUUAUUAUAGCAUAAGCCUUUAUAGUCUACGGCCCGUGUCAUCAGAAAUGUGAAAUAUUAUUCUUGGAGCCAAAGUUGGCAUGAUGCCAGAGAUGUAUGUGAAAUACAUCUCCCCAAAUCAUCACUUUUGUCUUACUCUUUUGAUUAAAAGCAGCUGCAGGUUAUGGAGAGCCAACGUGGAAAAGGGAGGGAUAUCCAACUCUUUCCUUUAUGUUGACACCCUGAUGCAAAUCCCCAUUCCAAAGCCAGUAUUAGUUGUGGAAUGGAAAACAUGCAGAAAAUGUAUUUCCCUGUGGUUUUUUCCCAGUGUUGAUGGAGGGUGUGAAUUAAGGAAUUAAGCUUAUUGAGGGCCAAUGUUUUUAAAAAAACAUUGGAAGAGAAAUUGUUUGAUAUAUGUGACAAUAGAAUAUAGUGAUGGGGUGGUUUUGCUUGAUGAAGCAUCAACAGAAGUAUAGUGUCCAGAUCAAGGGAAGUAAUAGACUCCAGACCACACCUGGAGUCCUAUGUCCAGUUCUGGGCACCACAAUUUAAGAAGGAUGUUGACAAACUGGAGUGUGUGCAGAGUAGUUGGAUCAAGGGUCUGGAUGAUCUAGGUCUGGAAACCAAGGGUUUGGAAACCAAGCCUUAUGAGGAAUGGUUGAAGGAGCUGGGUAUGUUUAGCCUGGAAAAGAGGAAACUGAGAGGAGAUAUGAUAGCCAUUUUCAAAUAUCUUAAGGGCUAUCACAUGGAAGAUGGAGAAGUCUGUUUUCUCCUGCUGUGGAGGGUAGAACUCGAACCCAUGGCUUCAAGUUACAAGAAAGGAGAUUCUGAAUAAACACCAGGAAAAAAAUUCUGACAGUAAGAGCUGUUCAGCAGUGGAACCUCUUGGGAGGUUAUGGACCCUCUUUCUUUGAAGGUUUUUAAGCAGAAGGUUGAAUGGCCAUCUCUCAUUGAUGCUUUAGCUGAGAUUCCUGCAUUGCAGGGGGUUUUACCAAAUGACCCUCAAUGUCCCUUCCAACUCUACAAUUGUAUAAGAUGUAUCCAGCCACGGUGAUGCAGGAACUCUUCUUCUUUGCCGAUCACUCGUAGCCAAGUAACAUUGUCUUCCAUGAACAUGGUCUUAACAGUGAGUCCGUAAGUGACUGUGGAGGCCAAUUCUGGAUCCACAAAUCCUUCCACAAUGGGGACAUAGGUUUCCAGCGGGGAGUUGAUCAUGGUGAGGGUUUGCCAAGCAUGCCUUCCUCUUAGCACAUUUCCCCCUUUUGUCCUGAGUUUGAGCGUCUUCAAAGUUCAUGACACCUUUGGUAAAGGCUGUUCUCCAAUUGGAGCGCAGGCCAGUGUUUCGCAGUUGUCGGUGUUUGUGCUACAAUUUUAAAGAUUUGCAUUGAGAGAGUCUUUAAACCUCUUUUGUUGACCACCAGCAUUACACUUUCCAUUUUUAAGUUGGGAAUAGAGUAGUUGCUUUGGAUGACGAUAAUUGGGCAUCCAAACAACAGAACUGAUGUUGAAGAAUCAUUGCUUUGACACUAGUGAUCUUUGCUUCUUCCAGUACAGUGGCAUUAAUUCGCCUAUCUUCCCAAGUGAUAUGUAAUUUUUUCAGAGACACUGUUGAUGGAAUCUUUCAAGGAGUUGGAGAUGGCAUUUACAAGUGGUCCAUGUUUCACAAGCACGCAGUAAGGUUGGUAGUACAAUAGCUUUGUAAACAAGUAUUUUGGUUUCCCUGCAAAUGUCCUGUGCUCAAACACUCUGCCCUUCAAUCGGGAGAAAGCUGCACUUGCAGAGCUCAGGCGUUGCUGGAUUUUGGUAUCAACGUUGGCCCUUGUGGAAAGAUAACUGCCCAGGUAGCAGAAGUGAUUGACACUUUCCAACGUUACACCAUUGAGUUGGUUUUGUGGCACUGCAGAGAGGUUGUUUUGUGCUUGUUGGCGCAGCACUUUGGUUUUUUGGAUGUUGAGCAAUAGGCCAAGCUUUUCUGCAAAGAUAUUUUGGAUGGUUUGAAGGUCAUCCUCCGAGUGUGCACACACUACGUUGUCAUCAGCAUACUUAAGCUCUAUGACGGAAGUUAUGGUAACCUUACACUUUGCUUUCAGCCUACUCAGAUUAAAGAGCUUUCCAUCUCUUCAAUGUAUGAUUUCUACUCCGGUGGGGAGUUUCCUUCAACAAUGUGUAGGAUCAUGGAGAUGAAAAUAAUAAAUAGAAUUGGGACGAUAACACAACCCUGUUUAUCACCUGAUCCCACUGUGAAUGGUUCACGGAGAGCCAUUGUUAUCUGUGAUUGUUGCUGUCAUAUUAUCAUGGAGGAGCUGAAGGAUGUUUACAAAGUUAUCUGGGCACCGAUUUUCAUAAGGACAGUCCACAGGGCAUUACGAUUUACUAAGGCCUUAGUCAGGUCAAUAAACACCAUAUACAGGAGUUGGUUUUGCUCUCUGCAUUUUACUUGAAACAUUCAAGUGGUGAAAAUCAUGUCCACUGUCCCCCUAGAAGGUCUAAAACCAUUUGGGGAUUCAGGAAGGGUAGCCUCAGAUAUUGUGAGGUGACGGUUUGCUAAGAUCCUUGCAAGAAUUUUGCUGGCUGCGGCUAAUAAAGAGAUACCUUGAUAGCUUCUGCAAUCCAUUCUUUCACCAUUUUUUAAAGAGAUAAUUUUGGCAUCCCUAAAGUCUGUUGGGAUCUGCUCCCUCUCCCAGAUUUUUUUGAUUAGCUUGUGAAGUUGUGUAAAUUCAAUUCCACCCACUUUGAAGACUUCAACAGGUAUCUUAUCAGGUUCGCUGGCUUUGUUGUUUUUCAUUUGCUUAAUAGCUGUACACAACUCUCCCAGUUUUGGAGAUACUGCAAGCUCAUUUCUAAUUUGUUUUUGUGGGAUUUGUGAGAAGACCUCAGCAGCUAUGGGGGAGUUGUGGUUAAGGAGAUGCUGAUAAUGUUCUUUCCAGUGCAGUGCAAUAGCUUCUUUAUCUUUUAGAAGUGUGGUACCGUUUGUUUAGCUAUGAUUUGUUGGCCCAUAGAUAGUCUUUGUGGCUUUAAAGAAACUCUGUGCAUUAUGAGUGUCGGCUAAGUGCUGGAUCUCUUGAGCUUUUUUUACCCACCAGGUGUUUUUGCGUUCUCUGGUUCUUCUUUGACCCUCAGCCUUAGUGUUGGCAUAGAGUUUUUUCUUAGUGGCACAGUUUCUAUCUCUUUGCCAGAUCUGAAAGGCCUUCCUUUUCUUGUCAGUCAUGAAUUCAGUCUCACUGUCAUUCUCAGCAAACCAGUCCUGAGGUAUAAUCUUCAUAGCCAUCGUGGAAUUGGUGAUCUGUCCAGCAGUCGUUGGCACUCGGCAUAGUUCUGGUAAGGAGCACAUCACAGUGAUCUUCAGCUCAUACAGUUUACAGCUCAUACAGAUAACCCCACCAAAGAGGAUUUUGUUGUUUGUGAUUUUGUUUCUAUGUGUUCUGUAGGAUUGGAAUGUCCCAAUUUUUCAUGAAGAAGAUGUGUAUUCCACAGUUCCAUUGAAGUGCAAAAAAGUACAGAAUAUCAUAAUACUGUAUGUGAAGAAUAUUAUGUGCUUUGGGGGCAUCAACUUCUGUUUUAAAACAAUAAGAUUUCUAGUACUGCAAUAUAUGGCUGCUAAAAUAGAAAUGAAAGCAUUUGCAAAACAUCUGGUAAAAUAUUAGAAGCCAGUAUUGUGGUUACAUAACAUUUUCCAUUGGUCUUCAGGUAGUACUUUGGUGCCUUGCCAAACUUCUUAUCUCAUCCCUAGUGAAAUCAGGAAAAUUUGUUUUAUUUAUACAGAUUGCAGAAUGCAGUUUUUUCUUUGCCAUUUUGGUAGUUUUAGUACAGCAUACAGGGAAUACUGGGUGUGCAUAAGGUGUAUACUUAUAUUGGAAGUUCAAUAAACCCACAGUAAACUUUGUUACAAUUUUAACCUUUUAAAGAAAAUACUGAGGUGUCUGGUUUACGGUUCUAUAUUGUUGUUCUUUACAAGUCACAUAAGUCUGGUAUAUAGGAAACAAGUUGUCAGACCUAAUGCACAUACCUCAGUGUGAAUUUUCACAGUGUGAGUAAACUGUGAAAUAUAUUGCAAUUUUUUUCUAAAUGAAAAUUGGCAUUCACCAGCUUGAUGCUUGUAUUGGUGUUAAUCCUCCCCACCUGCUGAUUGUUGUGCAUUUAUCUAAAUUUAAAACCACAUUUCACUUGAAAUGCACCCAUUUAUCUCCAAUAUCCAAAUGGUUUUUGUAUUUUCUGCCUAUCCACCUGCUGUUUUCAGUUUGAUCUUCCAAGUUAAUUUUGUGUCUGUUAUACAUACAGCCAAUACAAAAACUAAGAUUGGCUUCUAAAAUUACGAAGUAAAUAACUACCAUUCCCAGUAGUAUUUUUUUCUGUGGCAUACCACUUUUGGCACCUAUUACUAAUUUGUAAAUCUAAUGUAAACAUAGUAAUUAUCCUUUGACAAUAUUUCUGGACUCUUUCUUGGUAUCUUCACAGUCGAAACAUCGAAUCAUGGAUGUAGAUGCAAAAAAGACCUGCAUUGCAGGUACAAGGAAGGAAAAGUAGUGGUGUUCUUAAAUAAUAUAUUCUGCACUGCGGAAACAGUAGAUGAUGUUAUACAAUAGCAAACACUUCCACAAAUUGCAGAGAGAUCCUGCUGAAGCAGAACCUUGCUUUUUCUAGUGGCAGCUGCUGUGCCCAAAUGGCUAAAUGAACUGGACUUCCCUCCUCCUGACAGGUUCUGUUCAGUGUAUUGCUGUCAUUGCCCAAACAAAUAGAUAUUGCUUAAUCAGUAAUACUUAAUCUUUGGAAUAAGAAUGGGGUAAGAUGCGAGACUCAGGUCAUUGUUUUGUGGAAGCUCCUCACCCCUCUUGAUUUAUCCUCAUCUGGACUACCAGGCAAAGGGCAAGUGCUAGGAAGAGGUUUUCAAACACCUGCCUCUUCUUACUGUAUGAAGGAGAUUGCUGCCUCUUUCCAGAGGCUGAUUUGGAUGAGUCAUUAGGCAAUGUGUUAAGGAGUAGUAAAUUGUUCCCUUGUAGGUUUUCAUAUAUAGGAUUGUAGUCUUCCACCAUAUAACUAUGGUUUCAUUGUUGCUUUCCAAAAGUGAUUCUGGAAGUUAGUCAUCCUCAUAAAGCCUCAAAAGAUCAGAAUUAUAAUGUGGUGGGUUGAUGCAAAGAUAUACCCUGCAUUUCUCUUAUGUGCUAUCCAUUCUUCUCAGAAGGAAAUGAGCUUUCGUCGAAUAAAAUAUUUUAAGAGGUGAGAAAACAAUUGAACACUCUGUUCCUUGAUAAGAUUGAUGUAGAGUUUCUUCUAAAUUUGCUGACUGAACAGGUUAUUUGAUGAGGAAAAGUGUGCAAUUAUUUCAUUGCACAAGUGAGGUUCAAAUAAGCUGUCAAAGAAAACUGGAUUCAGAUCUUUACUCCUCCUCCCAGUUGAUAGACGUGAUUACUCCUUUUCUAAUUGGGUUGCACAAACAUCAUCCCAACAGUUGCACAAGAGCACAUCUGGAUAAGGCAUCUGGUCUUUUGCCUAUGUUUUCCCAGCUGUUACUGUGCUCUUUCACAUAUACAGUAUAAUUAGCGAGCUUGCUAAUCACAUUUAUCGGCCAGCAGCACAACCUCAGAAUUUGAAAAAGUGUUCCUGUGAUCACUGAAAUUGACAUCCAAUAACUGAUCACUAGGUUGCAAACCAGGAUUGCUCAUGGAAUUUAGAACUCCAGAUUGGCUGGAAUGAUUCACAUGAUCAUAAACACAAUGUUUGAACCUUGUGUUAGGAUAAUCUGUUAGGAUUGUGUUAGGAUAAUCUGACCACUGCAGUCUCUAUAUUACUUACAGCAUCUACCAGUCCACAGUGUCACCUCAUAUUCCAGUUAUUUCAUUCAUUCCUCUUCUACUGAUGAUAUUUCUCAGAGCUUCUUUCAUUGUUCAUUAAACAUUUUUCCAUAAGUAAAAUACAAUGCAUAAGUAAAAUACUAUGCAACAUCAAGACUGAUAGGUUUAUUUCGUACUAAAGAUCCAAUACCAGUUUUGCUAGUGAUUGUCUUUUCUCAGACACUGUGCAGAUUUUAACUAUUGUCAAAGUGCAUAUCAAUUGAAAUAAAAUACUUAUUUAAUUAAAUGUAACUUAUUUAAAUAUUAGUGUCCACUCCUAUGUUGAGAAAUUCAGGAUUGCAUUUCUGUCUUCAAAUUAAUGUUGAAUUAAUCUGAAUAUAGCUUUUAAACUUACAUGCCUAAAAAGUCCGCUAAAGUUCCGAAACGUUUGAAAACUGAAAGCUGAAGCCUCAAAACGGAAGCCUUAAUACGUAAAACUCAAAGCAGAAGCUGUGUUUCCUGUUUGACUUCCGAGGCAUAUUAAAAAAACAAGACAUUUUCUUCUGGGUUUUUGGCGUUCGAGAUCCGAAAUGUUUGACUACGGAGGUGUUCGAAAACCGAGGUACCACUAUAUUGCUAUAUGAUGGGAGGUUGAUGUCUUAAAUUUGAUGAGGUUUAGUAUUCUUUGGAGCAUAGAGAAGAUACUUUAUUUCAGAUGUUCAGUAAAUUAAAGUUAAACGUGACAGAUGCUUAAUCUUUUCAUAAAAAUACAGAAUUGAUCAUCAAGUUAAAAAAAUAAUAAUUUUAGCAUUCAACACACACCGUUUUUAUUAGAGCAUUGAAUUGACAUUUUAUGCCCAAUGUUGUACUUACUCGGGCUCUCCAUUCUAGAAGCCACCAUUUCUUUUCAAAACUCUUCAUUACCCUUUCAGGUAUCAUUCUCAACUCUGACUCAAACAUACUCCCAGCAAAUCGCAGAUGAAAACAGAUACGUGCUUGCACCAUCCCUGUUCUCACAGCAUUUGCUACUUUGUGAACACCACAUCCUUAAUAAUGGCUAUAGAUUACUGAAGGCUUUUCACUGCCUAGCUGUAUACUGCAAAUAUUUACCCAGCACUAGUCUACCCACUGAUGUGUAUAGGCCAGGCUAGGUCUGGGGGGGAAACAUGGGUGACUAUCUCAGACAAAACAAGCAUGCAGCGGUUUUGCAACAAUGUCAUAUAGAUUCUCCAUAAAUUAAUAAGUGAAUGAAUUCCAAUUCCAAUUCCAGAGAAAGGGACUAGUGUGGAAGCAACCUAACAGUUCUGUGCCAUGCACAGUUUGUGUAAUUGUGUUAUACUCAGGCAGCAUACAGCUAAAACUUCAUUCAAUGUGAAUGCUAUCAUUUCACACUCUUUUAAACAAUAUAAUGCAAAAGUAUGGACUUCAUAUAACUUUUUUCAACUGCAUGGGCCUUACAAUAAUUUAUUUAAUUUUUAGCUAUUUUGGAAGUGGAAAGAAAAAUAACUGAUGUCUUGAGGUGUGUCUGUUGUGGACCUUUAUGCUUUUCACUUCUCCUUUAAGGGACACAUACUAUACACACUGUGCCUAGUAGCUGAAUGUUAGAGGCGAUUCCAAUGAAAAGCACUGUGAAUGUGAUAUGAAAGCUCAGUCCAUGGAAUACAGUGGUGAUAUAUUCACUCACCGUAGUCAUCAUUUGAGGCUUCAGUCAUCAGAUGAUGUACAUGCAUUGUUGGAAUUCCUGCUGCAUGAUUGCAGUUAUGGGAUUUUUGUCUAUCACAUGACAGUGUAUAUUUUGACUCCACAAAGUGCGAAGUGACGGAGACAGGAUGUUUGUGUUACUGUGUUCCAUGAAGUGGGACUAUUGUCCUUUGUUUUUUCUCUUUGCUGUCUAAUGCUAGAGAGAGAGGGUGCCAUGUUCCAGUGCUCCGUGUGUGUUUAUAUGUAAAUAAAGUAGAUUAGCCAAAAUGCUGAGUUGCUGAGAUAUGCUACGCAACUGCGCAAACUCUGCGGAUCCCGAAGUGUGCCGGUGUCUGUUGGCAUCGAUCGCUGUGAUGUUCCGGCAGAAGAAAGCUUUUGAAGCUCCUGAAUAAUCGACCAGGAGGGAGAGAACAUGCCAGUCGGGCAUGUGUCUCUGCCAGGGUCCUACUCUAUUGUAGGCUGAGCUCCUGACAUGCAUAUGUGUGCCCUUUGUCCCAGAAAUAAUCAAUGUAUGUUUUCUGCACAUUCUCAGGGUUUCCAUAUGUUGUAUUUGCUUGCCUGGGAUUAAAGUUUCUAGGAUCUAGUUUUCUAGGAAUGUGAAGUACCCAAAUAUGUUUCUGGAAAGUAUCCAGCAUUUUAGCUUGUACUAGCAGACAGAAUGAUCACUGUAUGGCUGAACAGGUACAUUUUGUUGUUGUUGGCACAAAUGGAACAAAUUCAAUGCAAAAAUGCGACUACAAUAAUACUCAAGGAGGCUGGGGCAGUGACAAGGAAGUAGGUCAGUGCAUGCAAACUUGCAUGAAUAACUUGCACCAUUUUAAUGAUGUAUGGGGCUUUGUGUAAAAAACAACCGUGAAGUGGAAUACAAACAGUGACAGAUUAUAGUAUGUGAUAUAGCAUGUGUCUCCUCAGCAGGUACAAAAAAUGGGAUGAAAAGCUCCUCCUCAGUCACAACCAGGAAUGAGCAUCCUGUUAAAUUUAAUUGUUUGUUUCCUUGCUUAUUAUAAUGGUCAUAUAUGCAGGAUAAUUUCAAAAGUAUACCAGACUCUUACUUGUAUGAUUGUGGUAUGAAUUUUCUUACUUCAGCACAAUGUUUUUAAAUCUUUAUUUGCUAUACCGUAAUCAUAGUCAAAAAUCUUUGCUUAUUUUUGAAGGGAGUUAAUCCUUGCAUGCAUGUAUUAUAACACGUAGUUCAGUUUUCAGGUACUUAAGAGAAAAUAAUUGAAUUUUCAGAGUAAGUUAAGAAGUGUACUCCAUUCAGCUGUCUUUUAAUUUAAGGCCUACAAAAUAAGAGACCUGUAAUUUCACUAUGGGGAAUUGCUUCAUUUUCAAGCAGUUCAUAAAGCACAGGAAUUUUAAAAAACCAAUCCCCGAAAGCAUUUCUUUUUCUUUUUCUUUUUCCUCGUUUCCUUAAAAGUUUAAUUUUAUGAGGAACAUCUGGGGUUUUUUUUACGUUUUAGGUGGGUUUUUUUGUUUAUGCUAUAAAAUAAAAACUUCUGCUACUAAUUGUUCUUAAUUUAAUAGGGUGUCCAUUCUUAAGGGGCAAUCUUGCCAUUGUGCAUCCAUGGAUAAACCCCAUUUACUUGCCAUAAAGGCAAAAGUCACUGUACAAUUAGAUAUAUUUAAGUUCCAUUCAUUUCUGUGGUAUAUAGGCAUAUGCAGCUGGGUUGGAGCCAUUUAAACUAAUGGGUUAGCUCCAGAUGUGCAGAAUAAUUCUGCACAUGUUUACUCAGAUUCAAAUCCCAAUAUGUGUAUAGAAUGAGACUUACUCCCAGGUAAAUGUGUAUAGGAUAGAAAGCUGCCUUUGAUACUCCAACAAUGCUUCCCUCCAGCCAAUAAUUUUUAAUCUGAGUAGAAUUCUCCCUUCUCUUCUGGCCACAGUUCUGGUCCAAUGGGGCGAGGCAGACUGCCCAUUUACUUAAAAAAUCCAAACGGCCAGAUUUUGGUUGUCUCUGUAGAAAUAACCAGCAACUCAGUACUAUAUUACCCAUAUAUACAAAUUGUGUACAAAUGAGAAGGUGAAUGGCAGAGUUUUUUCUGAAAUAUCAUGUUUGUGCCAUUGUUUUAGUGCACUUAAUUUGUCGUUAACCAGAUAAACAGAAGGCAGAAAGUCAGAAGAGGUGCUUUUUGUCCUCUUUAUUUUACUGAGAUAGCUUCAGCUUUUAAUAAUUUUUGUGUACAUAUUAGACAUAUAAUAUGCAUGCACGUGCAUGUGCACGCACACACACACACACACACGUUUCAGUUUAUUAUUUUCUGCUUAUUUAACUGAAGCCUGCUUUGAAUUAGAAAAAAAAGUUGGCAAGCAGCUAGUCCAUAUGGUCUAAUUACUUUUGGUAUUUUGGAAGGGGAAAAAAUGAAAGCCUUAUGUGAGAAAUUAAAUUGAAAAGUGGAUCUUAUUUAGGCAUUCCUUGUAAAUUUUUAAAAUAUGUUUAUUACACAUAUAUCCUACUUUCUUUAGUCUUUUGCCCUUCUCAAAUUUAUCCCCCACCAGCAGGAGUUCGUGGAAAUUUAUCAAAUUAUGUAAGCCACAGAGGUUAAUCUUCAGGAUUCCUGUUCACACAGGGAAAUUCCCAUUCUACAAAGAGUCUCACACAUAGCUUGUUCUUGGCUUUGUUUGUUUCAGACUGGACUGUGUUUCCUAAACCUGGUAGUUCAGACACAGUUCUUUUCUGAAUUACAGCUGAAGGCACACUUCACUCUUUUACACCACAAAAGUAUAAGACAGUGUGAAUAAGCCAUCAUUAGAGGAGUCCCACCUUUGUUCUUCAUGGGUAUACCUAAAAAAAGCAGUGACUCAUGGAGAGAUGCCAUGAGUGUGUGUUGGUACAUACACUCAUGAAUAAACAGAGCUGCAGAGAUGGGAUCCCCACCCCCACCUCCAGAACCAGGAUAAAAUGGUCCCUUUUUCUGGGAAAUAUUUAUUUAUUUAGGAGUAUUUAUACCCUAUCUACUAACCAACAUUAUAAAUAGGUAGAGCACUGCAAUUUCAUCCAUAUUAAAAAUGUAUUUAUUUGCACAUUAGCAAACCCAUUUUUAAAAGAAAAAAAAGUAGCUUGCAAGUCCAAGCAAUAGGGGUCUCAGCCUCCUGUGUUCCAGCCAAGGCUUCACCCAUCUACUAUUCGGAGCUGGCUAGCUUGCGGCAGCUGAGGGAAAAUGGUGCUUGCUUCUGCUCAUGCUGUUUUUGCUGUAAGAAUGAAUGAAUCUUUAUUUGUGUCAGCCAUUGGCCAUAGCAAUAAAACAACAAUACGGUAUACAAAGAAUAGAAAUAAGAAGUCAAUUAUAUAAAAUACACUUUAGGGUUUUGAAUCAAUAGUCAAAUAGUGGAUCUUAUUCUAAUUGCCCCAGCUAAAAACCUUGCAACUUUUGCUGACACCUGCUUAGUUUGAUCUGCCAAGAGAAAGGACACUGUGGCAGUGGUUGGGCGACCUGGCAUGGACAAUAAAAGAGGGGUGAUAACUUCAUUCCUCAGGCAUUGAGAGUUUUAUUGCAAGGUGAAAUCUUCCUUUGUUUCCAGGCUCAUAAUGGUAGUUUCCCCUCCUCCAACUACCUUCCUCUUCCAUUUCCUCCCCCUCUGAGCUCCUAUGACAAAUGAGUGCUUUGCUGUCGCUCAAAGAGGAGUUUAUAAUCUUCCUGCUUUUAAAAAUGGUUGUAUUUAAAUGGGGGGUAGACAUUGUGGGCCACAUGGUCAGCCCACAACGUGCAUGUACCCCUCGUGGGGCUCCUCUGUGACCCAUUCAUCAUCAUCAUCAUCAUCAUCAUCAUAGAAUCGAAUCAUAAAGUUGGAAGAGACCACAAGGGCCAUCGAGUCCAACCCCCUGCCAAGCAGGAAACACCAUCAGAGCACUCCUGACAUAUGGUUGUCAAGCCUCUGCUUAAAGACCUCCAAAGAAGGAGACUCCACCACACUCCUUGGCAGCAAAUUCCACUGUCGAACAGCUCUUACUGUCAGGAAGUUCUUCCUAAUGUUUAGGUGGAAUCUUCUUUCUUGUAGUUUGGAUCCAUUGCUCCGUGUCCGCUUCUCUGGAGCAGCAGAAAACAACCUUUCUCCCUCCUCUAUGUGACAUCCUUUGAUAUAUUUGAACAUGGCUAUCAUAUCACCCCUUAACCUCCUCUUCUCCAGGCUAAACAUGCCCAGCUCCCUAGCCGUUCCUCAUAAGGCAUCGUUUCCAGGCCUUUGACCAUUUUGGUUGCCCUCCUCUGGACACAUUCCAGUUUGUCAGUGUCCUUCUUGAACUGUGGUGCCCAGAACUGGACACAGUACUCCAGGUGAGGUCUGACCAGAGCAGAAUACAGUGGCACUAUUACUUCCCUUGAUCUAGAUGCUAUACUCCUAUUGAUGAGGCCCAGAAUUGCAUUGGCUUUUUUAGCUGUCGCGUCACACUGUUGGCUCAUGUCAAGUUUGUGGUCAGCCAAGACUCCUAGAUCCUUUUCACAUGUACUGCUCUCAAGCCAGGUGUCACCCAUCUUGUAUUUGUGCCUCUCAUUUUUUUGCCCAAGUGCAAUACUUUACAUUUCUCCCUGUUAAAAUUCAUCUUGUUUGUUUUGGCCCAGUUCUCUAAUCUGUCAAGGUCGUUUUGAAGUGUGAUCCUGUCCUCUGGGGUGUUAGCCACCCCUCCCAGUUUGGUGUCAUCUGCAAAUUUGAUCAGGAUGCCCUUGAGUCCAUCAUCCAAGUCGUUGAUAAAGAUGUUGAAUAAGACCGGGCCCAAGACAGAACCCUGAAUCAUCAUCAUCAUCAUAAUAGCAAUGUUAUUAUUUGUACCUGCCCAUCUGACUUGGUUGCCCCAGCCACCCUGGGUGGCUUCCAGCAUAUACAAAAACAUAAAUAAAACAUUAAAAACUUCCCUGCCUUCAGGUAUCUUCUAAAGGGUGUAUAGUUACUUAUCUCCUUGACAUCUGAUGGAAUACCGUUCCACAAGGUGGGUACCAACACCAAGAAGGCCCUCUGCCUGGUUCCCUGUAACCUCACUUCUCGUAGUGAGGGAACUGCCAGAAGGCCCUUGGAGGUGGACCUCAGUGUCCAGACUGGACGAUGGGGGUGAAGAUGCUCCUUCAGGUAUACAUCAAAUAUCUGGCACCACAUAUUUUGGUACCUCUAGCAACUUUGCUGCCACCACUGCCAAAUAGGGUUAAACCUCCCCUCCCCACAUGCAAGCUUCCCACAUAGCCCAGGCACCAGACACCGCUGCCUCUAGCCAUGCCCAUUGGUUUGUGGCUCCCAAAUACUCAUCCACUUGCUGUACAUGACUCUCAGGGCAAAAAGUUUCCCAUCCGUCUUAUAUGACUGCGUCUAAAGCUUUAAUAGCUCUUUACCUGUUUCCCCUAAUAGUCUGGUGUUGCAGUUGUAUUUAAACUAUAUAUUUAGAAGUACACAAGAAGAUUUGACAAAGAGGUGAAGGCUAAAUGGAGAAAACUGGAACAGGUUGUUAACAGCGUCAUCUGGAUUCUCCAUAAAAACUGAGUGGAUGAAUGAUGCCAGACUACACAGCAGGGUGGUUUCUUUAGAGUAAAUGAAAUGCACAUGUACAAGGGCAGCUGGACGUGAUAUAGAUGCACAAUAUCCCACAUAUGUUGGGACAGCCUUUAAUGUGGAUACCAUAUUUAGCAACUUAAUCUGCCUGUUGUUCCUUCUGAAUUCAGCUGUAUGCUCCUUCAUUAUUCAGAGUACAGUGGUGCCUCGCAAGACGAAAUUAAUCCGUUCCGCGAGUAUCUUCGUCUAGCGGUUUUUUCGUCUUGCGAAGCAACCCUAUAAGCGGUUUAGCAGAUUAGCGCUAUUAGCGGUUUAGCGGCUAUUAAAGGCUUAGCUGCUAAAAGGCUAUUAAAGGCUUAGCGGCUUAGAAAAAGGGGGGGAGCGAAAAAAAAUCUCAAGACUCGCAAGACAUUUUCGUCUUGCGAAGCAAGCCCAUAGGGAAAUUCGUCCUGCGAAGCGCAUUGAAAAACGGAAAACCCUUUCGUCUAGCGGGUUUUCCGUCUUGCGAGGCAUUCAUCUUGCGGGGCACCACUGUAAUGUGGAACUUGCUUCCAAUUCGAUUGGAAUUGGAAUUCGAUACAGAGGCAUCCCAGACUACUAUUCCAGUAGCAAGCUGAAGGAGGCAGUAUUUCUUAUGUCUCAUGUCUGGACAGACACUGGUUUCCUACAACAAAACCUGGUGGUAGAGACCAUCUGUACUCUGGAACAAAUUGUAACAGCUCUUUCUAAGAUGUCCUUACCCUAGGAAAAUCAGCUGGUGUAGACCUUCCCUAUACUUAUGGUUGGCUCAUUACCUAUUUGUUUGGCCAGUUGGUGGGUCCCAUUGAAUAAUUUCUGAGCAUAGAAUUUCUGCUGAUUCUAGUUAUGCAGCCCUCUGAAGACGGAUAACAAUAAUCCAAGUGCCACUGGAUGCUACAGUAGAAGUUUAGCAGCAGACCUAGUCAGUUUAGUCAGGCCAGGUGAUCUGUAUAUUAUUUUUUAAAAAUGAAUUUUAUUAGGGUUUAUAAAGAACAAUACAAAGAUUAUUGACAAAGAUCUCUUUUUUUGUCCAAACUAAAACAUGAAUUCAGAGACUAAAAAGAGAAAGAGAAGAGGGAAAAGAAAAAGGAAGGGGGGAAAAGAGAAAGAGAGAAUAAAAGAGAGGGAGAGAGAGAGAAUGUGUGUGAGAGAGCGGGGAGAAUUUUAUAUAUACCUUGGUUGUCAAACAUAAUUCGUUCCGGAAAUCCGUUCGACUUUCGAAAUGUUCAAAAACCAAGGCACGGCUUCCGAUUGGCUGCAGGAGCUUCCGAAAAACAUUGGAAAACUGGAACACUUACUUCUGCGUUUUUGGCGUUUGGGAGCCAAAACGUAUGAGUAUCAAUGCAUUUGAGAACCAAGGUACGACUGUAGUGGACAAAGAAUCAGAAGUUCCUUAGCUUCUUAGCUUUUCUCAAUCUGUAUACAAAUCUAAAGCAGGAGGGUGUGCUCUCUUAUUCAAAGUACUGGGUUCCGUUUUCUGGAGCCUAAGAUGUAGCAAGCACUGAUGAGGCAAAGACAGAAGGCCUUACUGUUAGUACGUCAAACUUGGUGAAGCAGAGACUCAACACCGUCUUACAAUUGCAUGCUCUUAUUCCUUAAUGUGCUUGAAGAAUGUCCUGAGACCUGAUCAUACAUAAUUCGAGGUAAUUUACUAGGCCAGGCUAUAAGGUGCUUAGGUAAGACCCUAAUAAAAUACUGCUUUUUAUUGCUUUUACACCAAUUUUAAUUAUGGGUGUAAAUCUGAAGAGGUGAAAAAUAGAGAGUUCACCUCAAAUUGGAGAACCAAAAGGUAAUAGCCGCAUGGUGUCCCUUACUUUUGGCUGAAGCUGAACUAUCAUUGAGUUGUUGGUUUUUGCUGUGUGUAUCUUAAUGUUAAAUAUAUGACUUUUUAUUCCCACCUACCUCAGAACUUGAAUGUUUCCUUCCAUCAUCAUCAUCAUCUUUUGAAUUUAUAUACCGCCCUAUACCCAGAGGUCUUCAGAGGAAGUGUAACCCCAUCAAGAGCAAGUGAUCUCCCACCCAUCUGGUCUAGGGAACCACCCACUAACAGUGCCUUAGUCUUAUCUGGAUUGAGUUUCAGUUUGUUAGCUCUCAUCCAGUUUAGAAGAAUAUCGUGGCUGAUGGUAUUGAAAGCUGCUGAGAGGUCACGAAGAAUUAACAGGGACAUGUUUCCUUUUCUGUCUCUCGACAGACGUCAUCAUACAGAGCGACCAAAGCAGCUUCUGUGCCAAAACCAGGCCUAAACCCCGAUUGAAAUGGAUUCAGAAAAUCAGUUUAUUCCAAAAGUACUUGGAUCUGGUCUGGGACCACUGGCUCCAGAACCUCAUCCAGGAAAGGGAGAUUAGCAGCUGGCCAGAGGUUAGUUAGGUUUCCCAAAUCCAGGGGAGGUUUCUUAAGGAGUGGUUUUACCACUGCGUCCUUCAAACAGGCAGGGACCACCCCCUUUCGUAAAGAGGCAUUGAUAACCUCCCUGGCCCAGCCAGCUGUUCCCUGCAUAUCAGACUAAAUUUUGGCAGAAUUGGGGUGGGUGGGGAGGUAACACAAUUGUAUAUAUUCAGCAUUCUGUUAACACUAUUUUCUAUGUGUUCCUAUCUUGUCUGUCUUAGUUAUGGAGAUAAAACUUACUUAGUUUUAUUUUCCAUUGUUUUAUAACAAAUUAAUUUUUAGAAACAAUCAUUUCACAUUAGUCACAGCUCGAGUCUUUCUUCUUUCCAGUCAGAGAUGCAUGAAUUCUCUUGUUAAACAAAAGGUGAAUGAUUCCAUGUGUAAUUUGAAAGAGGAGAAAAAAACAAUAGUUAAUACCAGAAAUGCAAAAAAGUAAAGAAAAAAGUACCAGCAAAUUUUGAUUUCUGUGUCUCAUUUUCCCUUUCAUUUAAAAAAUGUUAAUAUAAGACAGAAUCCCUUGGAAACUUCACCUGUGCCUCAUUGAAAUUUAAAUGUGACAUGGAGUUCUGCCAUACCCUUUGGGGCAAACAAAGAUGGUUAAGAAUGUUGUGAAUAUUUGAGUAAAACAGUGAGUACUGCUAUUAGAAUACUUACAAAUGAAAUUGAAGAGAGUAGGUGCCUGUUCACAUUGACCCUGUCAGCCUCUGCUGCCACUUCAUACUUUCCUGGCCCAGGGACCCAUUUGCUUAAUUUGGGACAGAGUAAGUCACUUGUUGUAGGGAUGCGGGUGAGUAGGGACGUGGGUGGCGCUGUGGUCUAAACCACUGAGCCUCUUGGGCUUAACGAUCAGAAGGUCAGCGGUUCAAUUCCCUGCGAUGGGGUGAGCUCACGUUUCUCUGACCCAGCUCUUGCCAACCUAACAGAUUGAAAGCAUGCCCAAAAGUGCAAGUAGAUAAAUAGGUACCGUUCCGCCGGGGAAGGUAAACAGUGUUUCCGUGCGCUGCUCUGGUUUUGGUGUUCUAUUGCGCCAGAAGCGGCUUAGUCAUGCUGGCCACAUGACCCGGAAAAACUCUGCGGACAAAUGCCGGCUCCCUCAGCCUGUAAAGGGAGAUGAGCUCCGCAACCGCAGAGUCGUCUGCGGCUGGACUUAACUGUCAGGGGUCCUUUACCUUUACCUUUAAGUCACUUGCUAGACAUCCCAGAGACCCCAGCAGAAUAUCUUCUCGUGAGAAAAGGAGCUAGGACUGCUGGCCAACACGGUUAACUUUUUCUGCAGUCACUCUGCACUUGACCUGGAGGCAUCAACACCUGGAGAUGGGAGGGGGGCUUUCUCCUUCUUCUGCUUUCUCUUUCUCCUUUGUGGAGUUUAGGGAAAUAACUUUUAUUAGGCCAACCAACAUGUCACCAAGUAGUGUGUAAGGUUUCAACUUUCCCUGGUGCUCAGUAGUAGAGCACUCUUUGCAUAAUGAAGAACUGAAGCUUAAUCCCCAGUGGGGAGAGGUAGGGCUGGGAGACACUCUUGCCUAAUCCCUGAAGGGUUGCUUCCAAUCAGUGUGGGAGGUUCUGAGCUAGAUGAAUCCAAGGGUCUGACAUGCUAUAAGGCAUGUUUGUGAAAAUGUAUUAUUAUCAGGACUGGCCCACCCAUCAAACAACGAGAGGUGACCGCCUCAGACAGCAGGAUCCACAGGGGCAGCAGAUCCUGAUGUCCCCCCCCUCUCCUCCCCCCAAAUUCCCUUGUUCCUGAUGUAGAUUUUCACUCAGCCCUUCCUCCCUGGCUAUGGCGGGGCAGCGGGAGGUGCCAAAAUGUCUUGGCAUCCCUGAUUAAUAUUGUUUGUUCACUAAGUUUCUGAAUCAUUUUAGGGCUUCCUUUUGAAUUAUUGCUUGUUGACACUUUCAGGACAAAUAACAGUAUCCCGCAGCUAUCUGUAACCAAAUAUUACUCUGAUGUUAUUAAACUUGGUUGAGUAGAUUGUUAAGGAAGUUCUUCCAUGCAAGCCCCAUUAGAUGAAUAGGAGCUGUGCAAAAGGCUGGUUUAUAACUCCAGUUUCUUUCAGUGAGAUGCAGAGAAUCAUGACCAAUAUAUUUAGAACCUGGGUAACUGGAAAUAAUAUGAUGGAGUGUGCAGGACUGAAACAAUUUUAUUUCAUCCACAUAAUAGGAUGAUGACAACAAUAAAUGUGUCUUAGUUUAAUGUGAAAGCCUUAGUUUAACAUGCAAUUUAUUGAUGAGCUAUAGACCACUACAAGAAUACAUGGUUUGAUAAACUGAAAGAAGGGAUUCACCAGAACAGUCUUUAUAAGGCAUUUUUCCCAAUUUUGGGACAAUUACAGCAAUGUCUUCCUUUUAUAUAGAAUAGAUGGUGUAUUUGUCCAGAUUACAAAAUAUCUACAUUCUACGAGUAAUGUAGGAAGUAGAAAGCUAAGGUUGCAAUCUUAUGCAUACUUUUCUGAGAUUAUCCUUAGUAGGGGUUGCUUCUGCAUGUAUAUGCGCCAGACUGAGCUCUAAGGGUGUUUUGUUGUUUAUAUUUUGCUCACCAAUUUAUGUAAGGGAGCAUUCUUACAUUACUGUCAGUGGCUUGUUUAACUUACAUAAAAGAAGGCAGGUAUAGAUUCUUUAUUACACUUAUAGUUAUCUGCAUUUAAACUAGAAAAAAUAAUACUUCAUGUUCUUGGGCCAAUUUAUGGAAACAAAAUAGUGAAAUUCUUGAUUGUACUUUUCUGAGAAAUGAGACCACAACCAGAUUGCAUCUGGACCUUUUUUUCCUGUGUUCAUGCCCUCUUCAUUUCUGCAACUGUUAAAGUCAUUUGAGGGGCGUAAACCCUCAAUUUCCAUGUCAAUUAAAGAUCAAAUCCACAGAAAGCACUAUAGCCAUGUAGAGUAAAUUACAUGUACAAAUGUGCUGCGUCCCAUUUAAAUAGCACCAUUUGAAUGACACUGGCCCUUUUUAAAGCAGAAGUUGAAUAAAACCAGAAACUGAUAAAUAAUUAGUCUGAAAUUCGCUUGUCCACUUUUUUUUAGUCUCACUUAUUUCUGUUAUUAUGGUAGCAGAAAUGAAUACUUCAGAGAAAACUAAAGUGCUAAUUAUAGCUAAAGAGGUCAUUUAUAAGAGGUUAAAUUGGUUUAAUUAGAAUUUAUUUGAAGGUUACAUAGGAGUACAAAGAGAUGUUAAGGGGUUAACCCAUAAGAGAUUAUAUUGUAGUCAGUGUUCUGUUAAAGUUUGAAUUAAUUUUUCCCAUGGGUUUUUCACAUUCUAAUUUUCAACUAAAUGAGACAUCUGUUUCAGAAAAGGAAAAUUUGCUAUGGUUGUCAUAGCAACUAUCAUUCUGUAGGAAAAUUAUUCCAAUGGUUACUUUACAGCAGAGAGGCAGACAUUCGGUACAUAAAGCAGCAUCCAAGAGCUAGCAGAAAUUCAGUCCUUUUGUAUUUGACCUGUAAAAGUUGUUCAUACAUUUUAACAUAAGGUUAAUUAGGCUGUAAACAAUUUUUUUUGCCAUUCAGUUCUUCUCCCUGGAGCCUUGUGUGUAGCAAAACCUUUUCUGUCACAGCAUUAACAACAUUCAGUUUAUAUGGGAUACAGAAUACUGAAAGAAAUUUGUUCUCUUUUGGAAAGGAAAUCCUUCAGAAUACAGUGCUUUGUCAUGAAUACUUUUGUUUCUUUAGUGAAAUGCAUGGCCAUUUAGAUACAUUAAGUAGAUUAACGUUCCAGAAAUAUAUGAGGGAAUGUUUUCCAGACAUCUGCUUAAAUUUUACUUCUUUUAUUUAAUCAAGUGAAAGUAAAAUAAAAGUAUAAAGUAAAAUAAAAAGUUGUAUGAGCCAUAUUUAAAAAAAAAAAAAUCACAGAGAAGAUCCUAGAAAGGUACUCAGAACCUUAGUUCCAGAUAUUUAAUCAAAUGCUCUAAAUUAAGUGUGAAGAUCUUUUUAAAAUCAAGUUUCAUUAAGAGUUUCCACAUAAAUACAAUAACAGCCAAAUUGGUCUUAAGAAGAUAAACAGGAAACAAGCAAUAAUAAGCAAAGGAGGGAAAUAAAGAAGAAGAAGAAGAAAGAGAAGAGAAAUAAGAGAAAACAAACACAAAGCCCUCCCUCACAAUGAUAUCUUAAGCCCCAGCGGUCAGCAAGGUUUAUCUUGCCUGGGCCAGAUCGGUCCCGCGGAGAUCCCUGUGUGGGUCAGAUCGCACGUGCACCUGCAAUUUUCGGCGUCUGCGCGUGCACACCUGUGAUUUCCGGCAUCUGCGUAGAUGUGAUUUUCGGUGCCGCAGGAGCGAGUCCCCAUGCUAUGCCGGUUUAGCGCAGCACGCAAGCAGGAAUUCUGUUUGGGGGCGGCUCAGGGGCUGGUCACACGACCUCCGUGGGCUGCUUCCAGCUCAUGGGCCUUAGGUUGCUGACUCCUGUCUUAACCCUUAUUCCACACAUACUGUAGAAGAGUGAACCCUCCCAGCUCUCACUGAGCAGCUUCCCCCUCUUCCCCCAGCCUCCCACCCUGGGAGAUCCUCUCUCCCUGCCCCUCACACAGGGCCCUUCAUCUUCCAUUCAUCACCUUCCUGUAUGUAUCUUCAUUAAUCCAAGGUAGGAAACGUCAAAAAACAAAGCAUAAGUAUAGAUAGAAUUAACAGAGAGAAAACAAGAAUUAAAGAUAAUAGAAAAGCAAGAUAAGAAGAGAAAGGCGGGGGAGGAAAAGAGGGUCCUCUGAUUCUCUGUCUGUCAAUUAUGUGUAUGACAAUUAUUCAAAGUAUGCACUCCAGGAUGACAUCUAGCUUGUAUUAAUGUCCAGUUUUUUCUCAAUCUGCUAGGGGUUGUUUUCUCAAUCUUCUUGCCCAGGCAUCUUCAUGCUCGCCUUUUUCCAUACAAAAAGUACAUAAGUACUUCAGUUAUUGUUGUCGUUAAGUGCCCAAAAUAAUCCCUCUCCAAUCCAAUGUGAUGAAUUUCUCCCCAAGGGUUCUAACAAAUCUUAAUAGUGUAAUAGUCCGUACUUAUUUGCUUGCUGUGUCUUCAUUAAACCAUACUCAGUUCUAUAUAUUCCAGUCCCAUCAUGCUUCAUCCUGGUUUGAGGAAAUUGGGGGAAAUCCUUUUUCUUCCACAUCUUCCGUUCUUUUUCCAAAUCAAUUGCCAAGAGCUUAGAAGCUUUGUCUUCUCUGGUCACCUCAGUUUGUGCACUAGGCCCUUUCUCUGUACCAUCUCCAGUUGUCUCUUAAUGUCUCUGAUCGCUAAUCCAUUAAUCUCUUCUGGCAUCACAACAACAUCCUUUGUCUGUUUAAUGCCUCCAGGCUUUCCAUGGAAAUCUAAAUGAGGGGUGAGGAUCUUGUGGAUCUUCAGAUGUCACUGGACUCCAACUUCCAUCAGCCCCAGCUAGCAGUCCUAAACCCACAAACAUGGGAGUAAGCCCCAUUCAUGUCAGCAGGACUUGGGGCUUAUCCACACUUAUUUUUUUUGCAUGCUUUCCAGGCAUGGGCUGCACUUUAAAGCUGAAUCGGAGCAAACAGCAAUCUGUGAAAAACCAAAUUGCUGUUUGUUGCACUUCAGCAUUAAGUAGCAGGUUUACACGGGGAAAGCUCUGGGGCAGAACGAAAGUGUGCUUGGACAUGGUGUUUUAAAGCAUGGACCUUGUGAGUAGACACUUUAUAGGAUUGCAGUUUAAAUCAUCUUUAAAUGGAGGAGGGGGUGUCAUAGCAUUAUUCAUAGAAUCAUAGAUUUGUAGAGUUGGAGGGGAAACCCAAGGGUCAUCUAGUCCAACCCCCUGUAAUGCAGGAAUCUCAACUAAAGCACCCAUGACAGAUGACCACCCAACCUCUGUUUUAAAAGCACCAAGGAAGGAGAGUCCACCUACUCCCGAGGGAGACUGUCCCACUGUCAGACAGCUCUUACUGUCAGAAAGUUCUUCCUGAUGUUUGGUUGCAAUCUCUUUUCUUGUAACAAUCUCCUUUUUUGUUACAGUAGACAAAGAACAAUAGUUUCCUUCUUUACACUUUACAUUUUAAAGAUUUUUUAUAAUGGUUCACGAAAAGGUACCUCAAUUCUAUACUCCUAGAAUGGUUUUGAAUGUGUGUCUGUUAGGCCUAUGAAGUGUGUGGAGAGAUAUCUUUCCAAAGGCAAGAAAGAACACGAGUCUCGUGCACCAGAUCUUUUCUAGAGUUUCAUCUUUCUAGCCAGAUUUUGGUCUGGUUUGAGAUUAUCAUAAGAGAGACAGAAUAAUGGCAAACCACACGCCUUAGCGCUACCUUUGCAUAAAAGAACAGCUUCAGCUUCCAUAACUCGGCGGAUCUUAAUAUAUACUACAGUUCCAAGGGAAGAGAAGGAUGGACAUUUCUUGUCCCAUAAUAAGCUGAUCAUUUCUAUUCAUAAAGGAAAACACCAUUUUCUAAGAAGAAAAAUGUGGGUUAUGAAUAUUAGGACUAAUGGAGGAAAUGAUAGCAGUGGGAUUUUGCAUGUAUUGCUUAGGACAAAUGAAACCCUCAGUUUCAGUGGUGUGAAAAAAUAGAGGUUAUAUUUAUUUCCUUGUUAUACUUUACUGUAACUACAGAUUUCUCCAAUAUUUGACCUUUUCUAUAUGAUAACUUUGGAAUAUUCCUUAUUCCAUAUGUUUAUCCAGUAUCAGCUUUAAAAAUUCACCAAAAACUCCAAUGAUAUCUAUAGAUAUCUAGUUGUAAUUGGGGGCACCUAGUCAAAUAUAGCAUCUGAUGAUCCUGCAAGCAAAUCCAUAUCACCAUUUGCAUCAGAAGAUGCACCCAGGAAAUUCAGUGGGGCUUGGAUGAGCACUGUCCACUGGAAAUCCACUGGGAAUCUGUUUGUACAUUGCAAAGACAUUCAUUGACACAGUUCCCAUAACUAAUGGCAGGGAAAACAUUAGAACAGCAGGAUUAUAUUUUCAUUAAAAGCUCAUAUUUUCAGAUUUGUUGAAAUAUGUAAUGAAAGUGAAGCUUUGUUUAGACAAUUUUGAGGGAAGCCAAUUUCAGGCUAAGGAAUGGUCAUAAUUCCAGCCAUACUUUGGUCACUGACUGCUGUAGCCUGGCAAAACAAUCCACAAAUGUUAUUUGCUUGCAAAAAUAAAAAUGACCAUUCUGCUCCUGGCUGCAAGUGGAGGGAUGGAGAACUGUGCCCAUCCUGUAGCAGCCUAUAGUGUUUCUAUUCUGGGCGUAGAGCAGGAAUGGAAUAGAACAUCUUGUGAUGGACAGACCCUGGGUCCACCUCAGUGGCAUGCGGUCAGUGAACUAGUGGGACUAGGCUAGUCCCCUAAAUGUGGUUGAAACUAGCAUGAUCUGCCCCCAUGACGUAUUCUCAAUUUCUCCAAUGGAAGGGCUUGAGAUUGAGCGACCUUGGACUGCUUCUCACCCCACCCUUGCCAUUCUCCAAUAGGUCAAAAAACCACUUGAGAAGCCCCCUGACUUUCGAGCUAUAGAGCCCGCCUUCUAAUAGCUUUUAAUAGGCCAGGUGUUGAGGCUGCCUGUUUCCUUUUGUACCCACUGGCCUGUUUGACCUGCCAGUCACCUGGGGCAUGUAAACGAUUGUGCCUUCUGAGGGAGGUCAAGAGGCAAUGGGCCAUAGUCCUGUCUCAAGUUCAAAGUGAGUGGACACCACUUGUCCACUUCCUGGUGACCUGGCAACCAGUGGGAUAGACCUGGAAUCAGAUAGCGAUUAGACUCUCAGUAGGAGAGGGACUAACUGUGUCUGUGUAGGCGGUUGGGGUUUUGAACUAUCUGAGUGGGGUGAGGGAGGGAAACACAGUUUUGGUUCCCUAAGGAUUUGGAAUCCUAGAAUGGGUUGAGUGGAUGUUGUACGGAUAGCUAAGCAGUGCCAUUUAAAAGUUUCUCUAAAAGGGUUCGUGUCUUUAAGUAUUAAUUACAGUGUAAUUAAAUAAACAGAUAGUUUUGUUCCAGACAUUCCUCCUCAUGCUUUGACGCUCUGAGUGGGCAGCCUUCGCUGAAGUGCAACACCUUGCUGCUGUGAAAUCUGAAAUUGUCAGUUGUAGACCUCUGCUGUGUAAUACAGGAUUUUUAUUAUUAUCUAUUAACACAUCCAGAAUAUUAGUCACAUUACCCAGCACCCAUCUUAAGUGAGGGUGUCUGUCACACAUCUCUCCUCUGCCAGCCGGUUCACUCGUUUGCAUUCAGUCCCUUGUUGCUUUAAAUAUAAGGUUGGACUACUGUAAUGUUAGAGCUUUGAAGUCCUGUAUGCCAUUUUAAAUAGUGAAACUAAAUUUUUGCAAAUUUCUUCCAUGAGAGGACUUUAAAAUAUGGUUUUGGAUGUGAGGCAUUCAAAUUUGCUAUUAUGUUUGUGAUUAGACAUUUAGCUUGGUAAGUCUAUGUUGGAUGAAGAAACACAUAAAGUGCUUUUGGAAAACCAAAGGAUUUUAAUUUUACCUUCUGAAAAUGUCAGGUAAUGCUAAAUAAUAAUAAUAAUAAUUAAUAUUAAUAUCACUAAUAUUAAUAUCACUGCAUUUGCAAGUUUACAAAGCAAAACUAAAUUAGAUUAAUUUAACCAAAAUAUAUUUUGAAUUUUCAAGUCUUGUUUCAAAUUUUUAGCACCCAUCAUUUUUUGUAAUUUGAAAGUUGAAAAAAUCAGCACACCCCUUUCAUCAUGCCUUAGUCUACCUGGAAACAGUGGUGGACUUUAAAAUUUCAACGGUGCCCUGUGCAAGGCCAAAAUUUGGUGCCACCUCUCAUCUUCUUUUCUACUUAAUUCAGUAUGUUAUAGUUGCAAAUCCCUGCAGCACCCUGUAGUGUCGGUUCCCAGUGCAGCAGAACCAGUAGCUCUGGCCAAAAUCCACCUCUGAUGGAAACCUGUUUGGGGGGUUUCCCAUGGAAGAGGAGUAAGGAACUCACAUCAAUUCAGGAAUCUCAUACCAUUCUGCUCACACAAGUAGACUUCUACAGUCUGUGUAGUGCAAGGCAACUGCUGACUUACUGUGAGAACCAGCCAUCAUCGUGUCUAUCUGAAAUGUUUUGUGUGCAACCAAAAAGAAAAGCAGCCACUAUCUAAUAUAUUCCUUUUUUAAAAAGUUCUGGGCUGUAUGAUUGUGUAUUGUUGCUGCCACUAUAGAAGGAGAAAAUUAAGGGGAAAGGUGAUAAUUGAAAAUCUGGAAUUGAGAGGAUGACAGGAUAGUAUUCAUGCGUAAGGAGAAACAACCUCUGUCCAAGUUCUCUAUAGAGCUGACAACUUUUGAAUUGUCUUUCACAAAGACAUAGUUUCAUUGAAAAGAAUGUAAUGUACUACACUCAUGAAUGUAAAGGUAGUAUAUUGCAUUUUAUGUUGCUAUAUUCACACAUCCCCAGUAUGGAUUGACUGGGUGGAUCCUUGGAGUGCCAAUGCCUCAGUGCAGGAGGGAGUCAUAGCCUUCAAAGCAGUGGUGGGGUGGCCCCUUUUUAAGAAGUCCUCCCUGGACCCUUAGUUGUACUGCCCUGUUGCAUAUAUUCCUUUCCUGGGUAAGGUGAUUGAAGGGUUGGUAUCUAGUUAGCUUCAGACAUACCUGGAUGAAAAUGAUUGUAUAAAACAGUUUCAGUCUGACUUCAGUCUUGAAUUCUCUACUGAAACAGUCUUGGUUGCUCUUGAUUAAUAACCUUUAUUGGGAGAGAGAGAUGGGUGGCGUGGGAGGGGGGAAGCGCUGUUCUGUUGUUUGUCCUAGACAUCUCAGCAGCUUUUGAUACCAUUUGCUUUGGAGCAGUGCAGGUUUGGAGUUGGACCACUGGUCCUCGCUGCAGGUCCACUCCUAGAAAGUGACAUUGGGGAACUUUGGCUUGACCCCAUGGCAUUUGUGCUGUGGAAUCCCACGAGGAUCCACCUUGUUCCCCAUGCUAUUUGACAUCUAUGAAAGCUGCUGGAAAGAGUCAUUCAGGGAUUUGGCACAGGAUGUCACUAGUAUGUGGAUGACACCCAGCUCUUUCUCUCCAUUCCAUUUGAAUUGGGAGAGGCUGUGCAAAGUGCUGGACUAGUUUCUGGAGACAGGCAUUGGCUAGAUGAGGGCCAUUAAGCUGAGACUGAAUCCGGAUAAUACAGGUAACUCAUAAUGUCUGGGAAUUGGAGAUAUUUCGCCUAAUGAAGCAGAUGUGUAGCUUAGGGGUGCUCAUUGACCCGCUGCUGUCCCUGAAGGCCCAUUGGUGAGGAAUGCCUGUGCCCAACUCCACCAGCCAUGGUCAUUCCUGGACAAGGAUAGCCUGACUUCAGUGCUCCACACUCCAGCAAUGUCACACUGGAGUAUUGCAGUGUGCCCUAUAUGGGGCUAGUCAUGGAGAUGGUCUGGCUGUUAUGCUAUGUAGUGAAAGGGAUCAUCUAAUAAAGAUUCUUAAACCACUACACUGACUGCUAGGGCCAAUUCAGGGUGUUAGUACUGGUAUAUAAAGCCCUAAAUAUCAUGGGGCCCAUAUAUUUUAGGGAGUGCCACUCCAGUAUCUGCCAACCCAUGCUCUGAGAUGUGCAUGAGAGGCCCUGCAAAUUUUGAUCCAUUGACAGCCUGCUAAGUGGUAAUACAAGAUACAGAGUCUUACCUGUGGCAGCACCUCAUUUGUGGAAAGCCCUCCUGAUGCAGCUGUGAUUUUGAGCCUCAAACCUAGUUUUCCAUUUGCUUAUGAGUUCAUUUCAUUGUUACAGAUUGAUGCUGGUAUGCAGCUAUGUGUGUUUGUAAUUGGCUGUAUUUUGCAUGAUUUAUUGAAAUUUUUGCAGGAGGGAUGGUGGUCUAGAAGUGAAAAUGUAAAUAAGUAAAUAUUGGUGAGCAUAUUUCCUGUCUUAACAUACUAAUUUAUGAGCUUUUCUAUAGCUCAUAUUUUCUAUAGCUAUAAAAGAGGAAGCCUGUUAGAUUAUCUUUCUGUCUGUAAAAUAGGAUCAUGCACUAAUAUUAACCCUAUAUGUAUUGCAUAUGCCUGUCUCUUCCCCAUCUGCAGUAGAAUUUAGUUAGAACUUUUGAGGACUGGAAACAGGAGUAGGAAGGGAUGGUUUUCGCAUCUGUGUUCAGUAAAACCUUGUAGUUCUAAUAGUCAUGGAAUAUCGAACUUUAACAUUAAGGACUUCCAAGUGAAAAAGCAAUACUACAAAGACUAUAAAGGGGGUGACAUGAUCAGAGAGAGAAAAUGUGUUCUCAAAAGAGGGGAGAAGCAUUCCGGAGCAUUUCUGCCAUUUGUUUCCUACCAGUAACUUGGAACUUAUUCUCUCAAAAUUUAUUCUAUAUUCAGGCUAGUUUGCAUUUAUAAUAGCUCCUGGAAUGCAGUAUUCUACAAACAUUCCAAAAUACACACACACACACACACACACCAAAGGAAAUAUGAAAAAAGCUUCAGAAAGAUUGCAGACAACACGUUAAUUUCUGAAAGCACUAGCAAUUCAUCAGUAGUGGAAGAAGAUAAAUUGCAGCUUCAGGGGCACUUCCUUUUGUCUUUGCCAUGCAGUAUACAAAGAAUAGUUCAGAGCAUUUCUUGAAAGAAUUCUCUGUCUUUUGUUGAUGUAGCAAGGAAGUAGUGUAAAGCCUUCUCCAAAGUAACAUCUGUAAAAUAAGUGUAGUUGAUGUGACUAUAUUGCUAAGCACUAACAUUGCAAUUAUCAUAAAACUUAUUAAAUUAUAACAGUCUGUUGUUUGUUGUUCCUUCUGUAAGGGAUAUAGCAAAAGCCCCAUUCAGCAGAAAGAUGAAAACCCACAAACAUAUUCAAGAGUAUCAACCCCACACUCCAUUACUUGUAGUAUUGCCAGGAAGCAAUUGUUUGCCACUGUAGUGAUAAAUUUUAAUUACUGAGAUUGCAAUCCCUUUAACUUCCUUACAUAAUGAACACAGUUUAAAAUAGUAACUUCAGAGUCAAAUAUUUGAAUAUGAAGGAUUGGAAUAGUAAUAAUUAGCAUAUCAAAUGCCAGAAUAAAACGUUAUAUACUAGUAAUUGAGUAACUGGAAAGAUUAGUUGUUAAUUUCAAAUUUUGGAAACCAGAGAUUUAGUUUUUUGUUUUUUUAAUCAGAUUCUUCUCAGAACUGCCCACCUCCCUUCAAUAGGAACUUCAGUGCUGCUGACAUUGCUGUUAAUAUACAUCUCGAUUUAGGCAAUUGCCUUUCGGACCAUUAAAAAUGGUUGGACAUGCCAUCUACAGGUGAAACUGCUAUCUUAAUUAAAUACCAUAUCAACUGAUGUAUUUGUUUUAAUAAGAUAAUUUAGCAGGCUAAGCAGGCAUGGCCAAUUAAUUUAUUAAAAACAUUUAAGCUGUGGACAGAGUUGUGUAUAAUUUAAUACACAUUAUUGUUUCCAGUACAGCUUUAAUAAUUGGCAAGGAUCUUACUUUUCUAUAUUGCCAAAUAAGUUUUACAUAAUAGCAGUAAAAUAUGUUUUGAUUUAGCACAGAUUUAAUCUGACCCUGUGCAGGGACCAAAUUAUCCUGUGUUGUUGUUUGACUCAUUAACAGGCUGAUAUUACAACAAGUUGCACACCCCUAAUCUCCAGGUUAAUGUUCAUAAGGGUGGGUGGCAACUGUUCAGCUGUGUAUUACUUAAGGAGUUGCUGUAGCAGGGCUGGGUGUAUGUUUUUUGAAUAACUAUAGAAAAGGCAAGUCGGGAAAGGUCAGUUUGUCACGUAAUAGUGCUAUGCCGUAGGAUACGAAAACUUGAGUCCCUCCCAAUGCCUUGUUAUAUUCCAGGGCUUCAUUGCCCCAAUCCAUCAAGGUCUGCAAACUGGCAGUGGGUGGAGCCAGAAACAGAAAAACUAAUCCAGCAUAGACAGCGCUACUUCAAGUUUCACCAUGGCUACCUCACAUUAGAAUUCCCAGUUUAUUUUUCAGUAAACUACAUUGGGUUUGAUGGGUUAUUCUGAAGCAGGAAUGGGAGGAGAAAAUUCAUUCAGUUUGCAUGUAAAGGUGAAUCUAUGCACUUUCUGAAAUGAUACGCAACUAAAACACAGCCAUCCUUUAAAAUUUCUGCGUCUCUUAAUUUUGCAGUGGUGUUCUCCAACCAAAUACAAAGUGCAUAUAUGCUAAAUUAAAGAGUGCAUAAAAUGCACAUAUCAGUGAAAAUAACAUACAAAAAUGUAUUAGGUAGCAUUGCUUUGCAAUAAUAUGUGAAACAGGCAAAAUUGCAUCUAUCCCUAUAUAUUAGGAUAAAUUUGCACUAAAAUGCAAAACACUAUAAUAUUUUAAUACACUGAAAUUGUAAAUGUUUGUAUGGAUUACUCUGUGUUUAAAUUUGGUUGGUAAUUGAAUUGUUCUCAUGUGUUUGGCUAAAGUUGGUCACAUGGGAGGUAUCUAGUGAAGGAGAUUAUGUAAAGCACGAUUACUGUAUUUUAGAAUUUAGCCGUGAACACUGCUAAGUUGAAUAGAGUGUUGGAGUUCAUCUUCUCUGCUUGAAAGAAACGGAGCAAAGCUACAGAAGAAGGUAAAAGUGGAAAUCUCUCAUAGGAUCUGCAAGGCAUGCCCUAGUUGAGAAACAGAAGAUUGAGUGCUGAGCUCUGGAAAGAGAGGAAAAUACAGUUGUUUGGAAGUUAGAAGAAGAGACCGUAAGGCCAUGCUUAGAGAAGCAUGUGCGUUUAAAUAUUAUGUUCUAAUUCAUCUACAACUAUAAGUUUCUGCAAGUAAAGUUUUUGAAUGUUAAAGUCUAGACAUUGGUUUAAUUUCCAAAGAAGGGUGUCAGUCAUAUACCGGUAUAUGAUUUGAGCUUCUUAGCUUCAUUUUCAUUACUCUUACUUCAACACAGUAUUCACAAACUGAUAUGGAAAUGUGUAGAACUGAAUUUAAGAUUAGACAAAUGAGAAACUGAGAGAACAGAAAUUGACCUGUCCACAUAUAUAAAGUACACAAACCAAAAUAGGUGCUGUUAGUAAUUCUUUCCUUAAUUGUGUGCUACACACACACCACACCACACUACACCACAAUGCAAACCUUUCCAUUUGUUUUACACGGCUUGGAGGAAUAUUCCCCAAGCCGUGCAACCCAGAAUAUGUACCUGUAUCCAUUAUGAACAAAGUUGAACGGAAUGUUUCGUGGUUGGUCUUAACUGACUAAUCCAACGUGUAUAUAGCACUGAAGAAAAUCUCUCCCUUUUUCGGCAGGCAACCUUGGUUUUAUGGCUGGGGCUUUAAUCUUCCGCGAGGCCAAGCACUUUUAGAGAAAUGGAACCUAAUUCCAGAUGGAAUAGAUAUUCUUAUAACACAUGGACCACCUCUUGGUAAGGAAACACUGAAAAAUGUUUCGGAUCAUUAUUUAUCUGUGUUGUGUCAUUGCAAAUAAUAGUUUGUAGAUUCUGCUGCCACUUAGAAUGUGUGGGUUUAAAGGGGUGUGAUUCUGCAAUGCUUUAGAGUGAAACAGUAUUCCACUCAUGCUUGCAGUCCUCAUUUCUGUUUUUUAUACAGUGGUACCUUGAUUUGCAUACGUCUUGAUUUGCAUACGUUUUGGAUUACAAACACGUCAAACCCGGAAGUGCGUGUCCCAGUUUGCAACCUUUUUUUGGAUUACAACCCUCUUUUUUGGGGGGGGGGGAUUAUGAACAAAUUUUUUUUUGAGGCCCCAUUGGCAAAAGCGCACCUUGGGUUACAACCUGUUUUGGUUUACAAAUGGACCUGCAGAACGGAUUAUGGUUGUAAACCAAGGUACCACUGUAUUAGGAUUUUAUGUUGUGAAGCACCCUCAGAUCUAUGAGUAUAGGCUGGUAUACAAAUUUAAUUAAAUAAAAUAAUUAAUAAAUAAUUACAGGACGCUUUAGUGAUUUAAUGAUUGAAAUAACCAAGAUUAUAACAAUGAAAUAGGAAAACUAUAGUGACACAUUGCUUAUGCAGUGUGAAGUUCUAGUGUACUGCUACAAGAUUUUGCUUCUUUGCGGUGUCUGCAAUAUGUGCUAUACUGCAAAGAGGCAUGCAGAGCUCAGUGGAAGCAAACGGGCAUUCCAAAAGCACAUACAUAAAAUAUAUGCUAACCUUGCAUCCCCAAUGUGUAUGUUCAUUGGAACAUUUGAAUUCCUAUGCCUGGAAGUCUUCACAUGUUUGAUGAACAUGCUUUGAAUCAUAGAAUUGUAGAAUUGGGAGGUUUCCAAAGGUCAUGUGCAGCAAAAUCAGCUCAUGUUCCUCAGAGAAUGGGAUGCAAUUUUUUUUUCACAACAAGAUGUUCAUUCACUGAAUGCCAGCUUUUUGUAAUGAGCUGUGGAGUCUGGUUUAUCUUGAAAAACUGAAUCACCUCCCAUACUUCAGCUUGCCUGCAUAUUUAAAAGCUAGUGUAAUAUAGUGGUUCAUGUAACAUGAGCUAUGAUCUAGACUUUCCCAGUUCCAAGUGCAUCUCAGCCAUAAACUCACUGUAUGAUCUUAGACAUGACACUGUCACUCAGCCCUCCAUUUGCAAUGUGAUGACAAUAAUACCAGCCUAUCUUCCAAGAUUCCAAGAAUUAGUGAAUGAAUGCAUGUGAGCAAGAUAAUAUAUGAACUUCCAGAGUUAAGCACUUUAGAAUCCCAUCAGAUGUCAGUAACCACACAACUUUUAGAAGACCUUUGAAGGCAGCCCUGUAUAGGGAAGUUUUUAAUGUUUGGUGUUUUAUUAUGUUUUUAUAUUUGUUGGAAUCUGCCCAGAGUCGCUGGGGCAACCCAGUUAGAUGAUUGGGAUAUAAUAAUCAUAAUCAUAAUAUUAUGGAACUGUAGAAUUGGAAGGGACCAAAAGGGUCAUCAAGACCAACCCUAUGCAAUGCAGGAAUCUUUAGCCCAACGUGGGGGUCAAACCCACAACCCUGAGAUUAAAAAUCUCAUGCUCUACCAACUGAACUCCUACUUACGUCAAUAGGAGAUAUUCGCCUACAUGCUUAAACUCACUAAUUUUGAACAAUGGAAUAUAAAGCUAGAUAAUGCUCUAACUCCUAAGUGUUAGGAAAGACCUCUUGAAAUGGGUUAUUAUUCCAUUCUGAAUCUUUGUUGAGACUUCUUAAAUUUCCUAAUAGAUACAGGUUGCUUAUAAUUUAUCCUAGCUGCAAAAUAUUAUUGAUGGCAACAGUUGUUCCAUUAAUAUCUCUUUUUCUUGUUGACGUACUUUAAUGAGCUGACAGUUAUGGUGCCAUAUGCUUUGUAAAAAGAGGAAAAUUCGCUGUCUUACUAUCCCCCCCCCCGGCAAAAAAAAUAUAUUACAACAGUGUUGAAAGUUUUGGGGACUUUCAGCAGGGCACCCUAGGAAGUGCAUUGGAGGUGGUUAUUGCUCUGUGACAUUAGAUUUAUUAUAGACUCCAAUAAGAUGUAGCGGCUGUCUGUUUCAUAAUUCCAGUGACAGCUUAUUUCUUCUCUAUAGGGCCCAUGGGAUGACGUUGCAACAGGCUGUCUGACUUGAAUUCUGCUCCUUACAUUAAAUCACAGACAGCUUUGAGCCUAAGCCAAAGAGGUUAACUCCAAAGUUCUUUUACAGCUAAAAACUUUCCAGAAAUAAUGUUAGAAGUAUCUGUGAAGAUACAAGCUUAGUUGUAGUUAACAAAGCCCCAGAGAUUAAAGCUAAAUUGCCCACCCAAAAUCCUUGUAGUCUUUGUUAUUCAUUGUGAAAGUUGGAGAAUGAGAUGAGAGCUUGGGAGGUAUGAAAGGAAUGGGCAAGAGUCUAUGGCUGUAGCGAACCUGAGUGGUGUAAGGAAGUAUUCAGGUUUUAAAACUCAUUGAAUGCCGAAGGUCUCACUGAAUGUGACAGCAAAUAGUGAUAUCGUGUCCUCAUUACGAAUAGAUAUGGGGAAAAGUUCAGGAGUUAUGUUGCCAAAUGAAGUUAGGGAAUCAGCAAUAGAUGUCUGGAAUAAACCUAGAAAAUUGACAUCAGAAAUACCCUUUUAAUGCCCCCAGUAACUGGGGGGGGGGGCAGUUACUCAUUCCAACAAGCUAGGUAGCUUUUUAGGUGGAAGGAAUGGAGGCAAAAAGUCUUCGUGAGGAUUUUUGACUUGUUUAAAACUUUAUCAUAACUCUCCCCCCCCCCCAGAAUACCCAUGAUCCUUUGAUGAAAUUGGUUGCUUAAAGGUGCAUCAGGGGUGCUUAAAGGCAUGUUCAUUGAUGAGAAGGAAUGAGGGAUUUGCAGAUCCUAAUCAAGAAAUUUCAUUUUCAUAGAAUUAUUGAAUAAUAGAGUUGGAAGGGACCAUGGAGCACAUGUGGUCCAACCCCCUUUCAUGUUCUACCAACUGAGCUAUCCCAGCAUCAUGAAUUUUGUAGCUUUAGUGAUUUACCCAGUUUUGGAAUUAUCGUGUAUGCAUGUUUCGCUUGUGAGUUUAAAGAUGGUUUGGUACUGCUUAAGAAUGCUCAGAUCAACAUAUUUCUGGCCCAUGUCAUCCAUCUAUCUUACACUUUAAUCUGUGAAUAUUGGAAAAAAAAUGUUUUUAAUAAUGGCUUUCUACGUGUCUUCCUCUCAAAAUCCGUGUUUUUUAAAAAAUGAGCAAAAACAAAAGCUGCCAGAAUAUUCAGGAAGUGCAAAUGCCAGUGAAAUAACUAAGUUCCCAUCUAGUUUGGGAGGAGGUAUGGAUCAGAUCAGUUCAUAUCAGAAUCCUCAAAUACCAGAAUCCUCAACCACAGUGCUCACUUGCCCACAGAAAUGCACUUUGCUUUUUCUCUGCCACCACUUCCUACAAGUAUAUCCAUUUAUAACUAGUUUUACAUGCCUGGGGUUAUGCUGGUAAUAAGGUGGUUAGGCAGGAAUAUUUUGAACUUGUUGGGACCCAGUGGAUUUAUACUUUGAGUAAAAGUGCAUUGUUUAAAGUGUGUUGUUUAAAGUGCAUAGCAGGCCACCCUGAGCCCUUGGUUCAAGUUAGAAUACAAUAUGAAUAAAUCUCUACAUCCAUCCCUGGCCUAAUUCAAAAUUCUUUCUUUUCUCCGGGGGGACUUUUACUCCUUUUGUCUUUUGUUUUUAAACAAGCUUUCAUUUCUCCUUUAUGUCUUUAUCAAACAGUCUGUUUGAUUGUUGGUGACAAAGAUUUAUACUUUCCUGCCAGUUACAGAUCCCUGUUUUCAAGUAACCAAGCAUAGGGGAGGAAGGGGGAAUCUAAAGCAAUCUCUAAUUGUUAGCUAGGUGUAAUCAAUUAUUCUUAGUUUGUGUAGUCAGGUGUACAUAAUAAGCUGCAAACAUAUGGGAAAGCUUCAGAAGGCUGAUAUUGCAUGCAAACAGAAACAUGUUCAACAUAAAUAAUGCUUAAUUUAAUGGAGAAGUUAAUUUCAUGGAUUUUAGUUUGCAAAGUUUUUGAAGUGGAAAUACUUUUUGUCUUUACAGACAGGCUUAUUUAUAAUUAACUAUUUCCAGCCACUGGACCAGCAGCGGUUUGAGUUUCAGUCUCUGUUUGCUGCUCAGGACAUUCUAUAUGGGAGAUACUUUUCCCAUUAUGUACUUUCCCUUCCUUGUCCUUGGCGGAAGAGUUACACUGGUGAUGUUCUGCCUCUACCGUCGGAGGCAGUGUGGCUCUGAAUACCAGUAACUGGAAAUCACAAUUGGGUAGGAUCCUGCAUGCUAGCUCCUCACAGACAUCUGGUUGGCCACUGUGAGAGCAGGAUACUGGAAUAGAUCGGCCUGUAAGACUUGAUUCAGCACAGCUCUUCUUAUGUUCCUAGAAUGGCCAUUUUGUACCUUGUGCGAGAGGAUUUCAUGAGAAAAGCAAAAGGAAAUAGAACAGUUUUUUCCACUUGCACAAGACCCUGUGUACCCUCCUGCAACAAGUGGAAGCAUGAAGAAUCUAAUACGUAUUGCAACACUUUGCGCAAACUUUGCCUUUGAUUUGAGGCAGGGAUGGUUUAGAUCAGGGAUGUCCAACAGGUUUUCGAUCUACUGGCAGAUCCCCGCGAGGUUUUGGUAGAUCGCAGUUGAUCUCCGGUUCCCUUUCCUUAGCGUCGCUAAACUGACUCCUGCCACGCCCCCUCGCCCCACCCUCCACUGUUGUAUGAUCUCUGGAAGGGAAGACGGAGCUUUCUCUGUGCUGCUGUUUUGAUCCAUAGCGAUAUUCUUCUGAGUGACUUUAUCCCUUUGUCCCUAUCCUUUAACUAUCCCCAGAACAGAACUCCUCCCCUAAAAAAAGGUUAACCCCUAAAAAACCAGGGCUUUCCUCCCUCCUCCCUAAAAAAAGCUCAACAAUUUUGAGCCGAACCCCUUCUUCUGAAAGUAGAUCACAGUCUCUUGAGAGUUGGCCACCCCUGUUUUAGAUUAUAUGCCAUUAUUAUUAUUAUAUUUAUUUUGCAUGUUGAGCACCAUAUAGAUAACUUUGAAAAACUUUGCUAGUCCCAGCGGAACACAGAACUGAACAGAAGCAUUUGGCAUCCUGUAGGUAAUGUGCACAGAAUUCUGGUUAGAAACCUUCCAUAUGGCUGAAACUGUCAGAAAAAGCACAAGAGCAUUACGGAGAGGCUGCUGGGUCUCAAGCUAAAGGCUCACCUGGUCCAUCAUCCUGUUCUCACAGUGGCCAACCAGAUGCAUGUGGGAAGUCCACAAGCAGAAUCUGAGCAAAACAGCCCUCUCCCCUCCUGCGGUUUCCAGCAACUGGUAAAUGUUACAGUUAUGAUGUCGCAUGUUUUCAUUUCCUUACCUUAAGGCUCCGUCACUGUAGCUCUUCAGUCUCUAGCCAUUGUUUUAACAUAGUAAGCAUCACAAAGAGGCAAUAGGAACGAGAAUGGAAAUGAGAGGUCAUUUUCUGACCUCAGCUGGCAACUGCUAACAUCUCUCACCCUACUGAACCACAGCACUAACAAUGAGACUUUAAAAAUGGCGUGCUAUACUGCGGAUUAAGCACUUCUAUUCCGAAGAUUAAAAAAGAGUAACUACAAUAUUCCCCACCUUGAGAUAAUUUUAUUCUUGUCAGGAAUGUUUUUAGAAACUCCGGUAUACUAUGCAUGAGAUUAGGUACACUUUUCUUCUCGCAUGGGGGCCACAAUACAUUAAGUCAUCAAAUGUCCAUUUCCAUUCAUUUUAGGUGUUUGCCUGUACUCCAUGAGAACUUGAUAUUAGGCACCAUGGUUUGAACAUAAUGGCUGGUAUUCAAUUUAUUUCACUAGGACUCAAAGCAGAAGAAUAGCUGGAUGCAGGAAAACAGCAGAUAUGUCUUAAGCUUAUUAAGCUAUACAUUUAGUUUAAUAUUAAACUGUACAUUUGUUAACAAAUAUUUAUUAGCAUUUAUUUAAAACCAUAUCUACCAUAUACAUACACACACACACACACACACACACACACACCCCUUUGUUAGCAGUAAGAUUAGUCUUAAUCCCUUUUGUUUGCAUAGUUUGAUUAUUCCAUUUUAUUCAAAUGCACUUUCAAAGAUAAUUCUUCAUAGAGACACAGUCACAAGAACUAGGGAGAGAGGUUCAGUGCUGUGCAUUUUUAAAAUUCAGGUUAUAAAAAUUCUCAGAUAAUAUCUGUUUUCUUUGUUCUUCUUUUGUACGGUAUCUUUUAUUCUAAAGGUUUCUUAGAUUGGGUUCCUAAGAAGAUGCAAAGAGUGGGAUGUGUUGAGCUGCUGAAUACAGUCCAGAGACGAAUACAACCACGUCUUCAUGUUUUUGGACACAUCCAUGAAGGUCAGAAAGCCUCUUUUUGUGUAUAGAUUGAAUUCCAGGUCAAACUUUCAUUAAAUGCCGGACCCCACCAAAUACAAAUUGAAGAGGUCCAACUUCUGUUACUAUUGUUGAAGGCCUAGGUUGUAACAUACUGUGUUAAUACUGAUUUCACCUGAAUUAUGUCCACUUUAGUUCCCUAAAAUUUCUAAAAGAAAAGCCAUAGUACGUGGAUCCUGAGGGGCAAGUGUCUGCUAGUUACUAAACAAUGUCAGUAGUUUCCUUUUCCAGAAUUGAUCUGACAUAUUUAUCUAUCUUUUUCUAAAACGACAGUGCCUUUAUUUCUGUGAACAUCACAUUAUAAAUAAUCAGUUACACUGAUUCUGAAGUCAAUUUAUUUAACAGCACAACCCUUUUGAAACUCAAGGAAAUUUAAAAACCAAUAUGAAAUAUAGCAUGGUGAUAGAAUAUAGAAUCAGAGAAUUGUAGAGUUGGAAGUCCAAGCCCCUGCAAUACAGGAAUCUCAACUAGAUCAUACAAAUAAACAUUUCACAACUCCCCCCAGGCACAUGCAUGUCAGCUCUGGAGCCGACUGCGCAUCCAGCGCUGGCUCUGCCCUGCUUAUAAAACCCCAGAGCGGACUGGAGUGAAGCCUUCUCACUCAUGGUUCACUCACCUGGCCCUGGCCCCAGCAACACCGCAGAUUGGCCAGUUUUAAUAGGGGUUAGGCGGGAACCCCAAUGGCCCGUGGCGCCGGGAAUGCAAGCCAGGUGCGGCAGACUAGCUUGUCUCCAGGGAGAUCAUGGGUGCUGCGCACCGGUCUGCAAAUGGCGCCCACCGCCAGAUGGGUGAGCAGUUAUUUCCACACAUGGAUACUUGAGAUAGACUCUCUUGCAAUGUGCAUAAUUAGUCAUUUGUGACAGCAAAACCAGUCAAAUCAAUGCUGUCACAACUUGUAGCACAAAUACUACCCAGAACUAAAUAGUCCACUAAAAUGCACUGGUGAGUAUGUAGUGUUUGCUUUGGCAACAGCAUGAUAAAGGAUACAGAACAUUAUUUAUUGCAGAUGACAGGAACUUAAAGAAAACAAGUAGGAAACGGCAAGCUAGAUGUUAUCCUGGGACGUUCAGGUUCCUCAGGGAAGAACUCCCAAGUAAAUUCUAUAGACAGCCUUAGAACAACAAGCUCCCCUUUAUAGUGUCUGCAUGCUGUGAGCAGUAGAAAUCUUCCCCCAACCAACCAAAGCUACAUCUGCAGUUGUCAUUUAUAGAACCUUGGGGAGGAAUAAUAACAUACUGUUCUCUCCCCUCUAAAACUUUUUUCCUAUCAAAAAUGUCCCACCUGAAACUAUAUUUUCUGCUGCUCCCUUCAAACAGAAUCACCAUUAUUCGAGUGCUGUUGCCAACUGCUCAUUCUUCAGCCAGGGCUCAGUUUCAGUUUAUUGAGGGCUGGUGAAAUCCUAAAUUCUCCCUCUCCCUCCCUCUCCCUUUUCUUCGAACAUUUUCCCCCAUUCUUAUCUCCAGCAGCUGUUCAGUCUCGCCCCUUUAAAAACUGCUUAGGAAAAGCUACUGAACUUUCUAGGCAGCGCAGCUACUUAAAAGCUGAAGGAUGGAGCCUGCAAUGUUUUCAUGGCAUUUCCAGCCUUUUGUUUUUUAAAGGUCUCUAAAAGUGCAGGAGUAUUGCCAACUUUCUCAUGCUCUUGUAUGUAUUUAUAAGCCAAGACCCAUAUAUGAACAAUAUCUAUCAACUGAACUGAACAGGUUUGCUCUUAAGAGUCCAUUCAUCUUAAAGAUACAGUAAUGCAUAUAAUCGUGAAGUAAGUGCAUAAAGUAGAAAAGAGGCAGCAUGGAAAUUGGGGUGAUCUGUGUGCAGUGGGGAGUUGAGAAGAAUAUGGAGAAGGCUGGAGGAAAAGGAGUGGAGGUGACCAUAGGAGCAAAAGGGGGGUGGAAACAAAGAGGGAGCAGGAGGCAUGGAAAUGUGGUUGAAGAUAAAAGCAGGGACAUGAAAGAGUACAAAGAAAAAAGGAGGGUGUCUUCAUAAGGGCUGGUGAAAAGCAAGCUUAGUAGUUGCCUGGGGUGGGAAGAGGAAGCUCUGGAAUGGAUGGCGGUCCAGCAACACCUGCAAGAGUGACAUGCAAACAAACAGAAUAGAGACAGGAAUUGCUUUGUUCCUUUUUUUCCUCCUCCUGCACUGUGCUGAGUUCAGCUAAGAUUUGGCUCACUGCGUCAUCUGAUCCUGGGCUUUUGGCUAAAAUCUCUUCUCACUAACCACAAGCUGUAGCCAACAUUUGUGAUGUGUGAAAGCUAAUGUUUUGAGUCCUUAAUGCCAUUUAGUUCACACUGGGGGCAGGUAAUGAGGAAGAAACAGGAAUGUGGACUCCUCCUUCAAGCACAGUAGUAGCCUAACAUCUCCAUUGUUUCCUCAUGCAAGAGGAAUAGGAACUAUUUCCUCUUCCAAAACCAGGGGUUUGGCAACUGACACAUGUUACUAUUGUUCAUUUCUGAGUUUAAUCCAAAAAUGUCCGUUUAUAAUACAAAAUGGAUUUGGUUGUUUGAGCACGUAAGUGACCUUCAGGUCCUAAUGUUCACCACCUGGAGGUCCAGACCCUGCUGUGACCUUCAAGCCGGGCCAAGGGCCUCCACAUCAUCCCUGCAUGCCAAGUGGCAGUUUAGUGAGAAUGGCCUCAUUCACACCCUGAAGACCACAGCAGGGUCUGAGUUCCCAGGCCUUGGCAAGAUGGCUUCCAGAAGAAAGGUAUUGGGGCUGGGUUUCAACACAGAGCUACUUAAACCGUAGGAAACAGAAUUUGAGCAUACCUCCACAUGACUUCCCUGGACACCAUCCCCCUGGGUGACAAUGGCCAGUAUUUUAUAUUGCUUCUUCUUGAAAUGUUUUUGAACGUUAUGGAAGUUAGAAUGCUGUUUGCUUAUAUUCCGGUGAAGACAGAUGGAGUGACAUCAUUCAGUAGAAAAGGGUGCUUUUGGCUUUUCAGCACGUAGUGACGCUACAAAGCCCUUGUCAUGGGGUGUGAUGCAAUGAGGUCACCAUGUAAAACACCACUGCACUUUCUGCCACUACCCAGUCUUGACUCUUUUCGAAUGCCAGGACACGGCAGAACCCUAGAUGUGGUUGCUGAAGCUCUUUUUCUGAUGAAAUACAGAGUCAAAAUACUUGAAGAAUAUCAGGCUAGAAUUGCUGUUACUGCCUUUGCCAAACAACCACCGUUUCGAAUUCCCGGAUUCCCUAAUGCCGUCCAGUGAAAGUUAAUUUGAAGCCAAAAAAGAGAGAAGAUUAUAUGUGGUCUGGCUGGUGGUUUUAGCUCCUGUGAUUUGUAUUGCAUUUUAUUGUGCUGGUCUUUUUGUAUUUGAAUCAUAUGCCAAGCUGGAUUUUUCAGACUUAACUGUGAUUUGGGGGGGGGGGUCACAGUUAUUCUGUAUAUCAUUUAUUCUGUUUUUGUUACAAUGCUUGGCAAACUUGUUUGAUGAGAUAUCUUAACAAGUACAACUGAGUAAUAAUAACAACUAUCUUCUUAAAUUCUAGGUUACGGAGUUAUGGCUGACGGAACUACCACCUACGUGAAUGCUUCUGCGUGUACAGUGAAUUACCAGCCACUCAAUCCACCUAUAGUUAUCGAUUUGCCUACUCCAAGGAACACAUGAUUAUCACACGCAGAAGUAUGAAGCCUGCAACCUGCGUAAAACACUGGCUAGCAGCACAGAGCUGCUGAUGUAAAAACUAAGCAUACGCUAAAUUAUGAACGUGUUUUUCUUUUCUCUUUAUGAAAUAACUGGAGGGGCAAGAAUGGACAGACAUCAGAGGUAUCUGGUAUCACAGCCUUCUAGAAAUACUUCAACAGAUCUAACAUUUCAUCAUUUUAAAAAGACUUUUUAAUACAGAAAAGGGGUGUGCAUUCCAUGUUAUAUCAAGAGAAAUCAAUGCAUUAUGUAUAUUCCAUGUGCUAUAUUGAACUUACUAAAAUGACAUGACUCUUCAGCCAAGUGGUUCUUUAUGAAGGUUUACAGUUUUCAUGUGUGUUAAAUGCUAGCAUUUGCUCAUUUAAACCUGGUUUCACAGGAUAAUCACAGUGAGGGGAAAAUAUAAUUGUGCUAGAUUCUUGGGACUAUUAUUACAGAUAUAAAAUGACUCCCCAUGUAUUUAAGAGGUCAAAAGAAGCACAUUAUUAUGGCACAUACUUUUCAAAUCUAUAAUCUUCCAGUCUUGUAAAACCGAGUAUAGGAGAAUUUUAAAAAUCUUCUUCCAUCUGAUAUUAAAUAUGGAAAGUGAUAUUAUGGUGGAGAUUACCGAAAUGCAGUAUACAGCACAAAAAAAUUGAAAGAGAAGUAGUUUAAAUUAAAUGUAAACUCAGGAAUUAAAAAGCCCCCUCCCCCCAAAAACCCUAAUGAAUUCUGCAGCUGUUAAAUCUCAUACAGGGCAAACCUAAUCAUGUUUCCUUAGAAGUAAGUUCUACUGUCUGCAACUGUCUGUACAACGAUGCGCAAAUGCAACUUGAAAUACUUGCUGCAUUUUCAGCCACUACUGUGUCCAUGGCCAUAGCUUUUACCCUUGCAGCCCAGUUCUCAAAGGUCAAUUCCACACUCACCCAAGCUGGCAAAUGUGCGUGCAUGCAGCUGAUCCAAACAUGUUUAAGAACUGCGGAGCAAUCCACAUGAGCACAUCACAGGGAACAUAAAUGUGGAUUUUAACUACUAUAUAUAUAUAUAGGCACAUAACUUCAGGAAUGUGGAGUUCAGGGUCAAAUCUGAGAGAGGUACAUAAUGAUAACUAGACUUGUUGCUUGUUCAGUACUCAAUUUGACGAUUGGUUGGAAUCCAUGGAACAGGGAUCGCAAAAAGAAGACUUGUCAUUUUAUGGCAAUCUUAUGUGUUCUGAAAAUAUAUAUUACUGUGGAUCAAAUUUACUCACAAGAUCGGAUGUGCAGAUAUAACUUUGCACAGAAAGGCUACUGCAAACCAGGCUACAUGGCAGGUAUCUCUGGCCACCGUUGCGAGAAAAAGCAAAGCCGCUAUGACAAGUGGCCAGUUUGCACCAGCCUUUCAGCACAUGGUCCUUCCUCCAAAUGAAGGAAUUCUACAUUCUCAACCAGACUUUUAAUGUGGCUAUUUUUAUAAUAAACCUUUACUUAAGUUUUCUAGUGACAACCCCAGAAAAUAAAAUAAACAAGCUUCCUGAAACAGAUAAAUGAGUCUAAAAUGUUUACAAUAACUCAUAGCACUUCAGAAACACUUAAAAAGGAGGUGGAGCAUAUUAUUAAAAUAAGAGGCCUUUCCGUUUUUUGCCUCAAGAACAUUUCUAUGUAAGUCAGGAUAUAUUCUCUGAAGAAUAUUUUUUCCCCUGAGAAUAUUUCUUUGGAAUAUUGUGCAUUUUUAUGUAUGAAUGACAUUAAGAAGCUUUUGAGGUCAUGAAAAUUUUCAGGUGUGUUGACUCAUUUUGGCAUAACUGGAUUGUUGUUGUAAUUUUCUGUCAAGCAUGUUAGACAAAUAAAAAUCUUUUAAAGCU